GCCGUCGAAAUUUCCCAAAACCAAUCGAACGCGUGCCUGAAAACUCCACUUGGUUAUCGCGAAAAAUUCAAAAGUAAACGUGCUCGCGAGUCGCCAUUGUGAAUUUUUUUGUAUCGUGGCAGUGUGUGUGAUUUGUGGAUUUUCGAACGUCUUUUAAGCGCGAUGCACAUUUGGGCGUGACACACCGGAUUGAGACGAAUCAAUCCCCGCGAUGUCACAAACGCCCCACGGACGCGGCCGCGCGCGUCACCCGGGACCUCCCUCUCCUGCUCACUACCGUCCGCCCUCCCCGUGGGCUCCGAGCCCCCCACCUUUGAUAUCUGGACCACGACACUCCACAGCUAUCCUUUCUCCCCCACCAGUUCAACCUUCACCAAAACCCUUCCGUCCACUCCACUCUCCUCAUUUACGACAACACUCACCUUCACCUAGCUCUCAUUUCUCCAUCUCUCCAUAUCCGACCUCCCCUUACCCCAUUUCGCCAACGUUGGGCCAAAGUCCUGAAUACUAUUACUCGUCGCCGUAUGAAACACGAGAGUAUGAUUACGCCGGCGUACCAUUGGAGCCUCCACCGCCACCGAGGCCGAUGAUAUAUGAGGAGGACGAGGAACGAGGUCCAUCGACAGCUGAGAUCAUAGCGAACCAGUCUCAAGAAGGAUAUGUGGAUGAGAAGCUUGCAGAGUACCAAGCCACGAUUCAGCUUUUGCAAGAUGAACAGGAAAGAGUACAGAAGAAAACGUUUGUUAACUGGAUCAAUUCACACUUAUCGAAGAGAAUACCUCCCUUGCGAAUCGACGACCUUAUCUACGACUUACGAGAUGGAACCAAACUAUUGGCGUUGUUGGAAGUUUUAUCUGGCGAGAAAUUGCCUAUGGAACGUGGUAGAGUCUUACGUCGUCCCCAUUUCCUCUCAAACGCCAAUACAGCACUUCGCUUCCUGGCGGGAAAACGCAUCAAGCUGGUGAACAUCAACGCAGCUGACCUGGUUGAUGGAAGACCAGCGGUAGUUCUGGGGCUGAUAUGGACUAUCAUUUUGUACUUCCAGAUCGAAGAGAACAGCCGAGCCCUAGAGUACCUCAGUGGAUCGCGUUGUGCGUCUGUCAUGUCGCAGGAGUCCGGAACUGCGACACCGACACACAGAGCUGAAGACCGCUGGAAGCAGGGAGCCAAGAAGACCUUGCUGCAAUGGGUGGCCAAUGCCUUGCCUAAGGACUCAAACAUCCAAGUGACAGACUUCGGGCCUUCAUGGCGUGAUGGUAUCGCUUUCCUGGCGAUCAUUGAUGCGAUCAAAGCUAACCUUAUAAACUUGGCGGAGAUGAAGAGGAAGACAAACAGACAGAGAUUGGAACACGCGUUCGAUGUCGCUGAAACUGAGCUGGGUAUCGCCAGGUUGCUGGACGCUGAAGAUGUAGACGUUGACAAGCCUGAUGAGAGGUCCAUAAUGACAUAUGUUGCCCAGUUCCUACACAAAUAUCCUGAGCCUAAGACGACAGGACCAGACGCAGUAGCGGCAGUACAAGAAGAGUACGGAUUAUUACGGGCGUGGCUCGCAGAGCGCGUUACCAUACUUCAAAGACAAUAUGACUCUAGAACUCUCUCCAGGAAUUACCAUGAUUAUCUCCUGGCGGAAACCGACAGAUUAGCCCGCGAGCCAUUGUAUCACAAGCUGGAGAAGCUCAUGUACACACAGAGCCUAGUAGCUAUCGCUCCCAGUUCCUGGCGAGAACUUGUUGCACUCUGGGUAGAACUAGAACGACUGCACAGGAAAUGGCUCUGGCUUCUCGAUUCAGAUUUACCCGGAGAUUUCCGUGUUGUUGGGGAGUGGCUAGCCCGAGCUGAAUUCUUACUUUACUUCGAUGAAAUACCGACCGCCUUCGAUGAGAGGACAGCGGCUAUCAUCAGUGAAAAACUAGAGGAACACACAAGAUUCUUCGCAGACUUACCAGCUGUCGUAGAGCGAUUUGAAGCCGCUCUGAGAUCUUCCGACGCGUCCCAAAUUCCCCCUGAAAGACUGCAGAGUAUGCAGGAGCGAUUACAGACAGUGAGUCGUAACGCUCCCCAAAGAAAAGCGAGAUUGAAAUAUCUCGAACACAAAUGCUGUAUCGUUGCUUUCACCGAAUUAACGAAGGCUAAACUAGCCGCUUGGACCGGUAAAUACGGUCGAAUCGAUCAUGUACGUGCCUUAUUAGAAGAUUAUGACAAUUUUGUAAUAAAGAAUAAAAUAUUCCAAGAAUUUGAUAGAGCUUACGUUGAUAUAAAGCAGGUAGCUGAGGAGUAUAAGAGAGUGUGUGAAGUAGAUAGGAGUGAAGCCAGAGAGAUUGAUGUGUUUUUACGAGAUGUGUCUGAAACGUGGAGGAGAGUUGCAUCUGAUGUGAGAUGCGCUAGAAGUGUACUCGAGGAAGUAAUUGCUCACUGGGAAAGGUGGACGAUGCUAUCGGACCAAUUCACAACAUGGCUAGAUAAAGCACAGCACAUGCUACGAGUUUCUGAGGACGAGAGGCUCGAGUUCUUCCAAGAUUUGACAGUGUGGAAGGAGAAGCAUCAAUUGUUGGGAGACGCUGCAGGCUUCCUGGCAGCAACAUGUACGGAGGAACAUAGCUCAGAAAUUAAAAGGAAGUACGUGGAAAUCACAGAAAGAUGGGAACGAGUCUGGGAAGAAGCAGAAAGAUACGUCAGAGGAGGUGACGCUCUUCGCCAUAGACGCGAACUGGCGAAUGGGAUUCAAAACCUAGACUCGUGGCUAACAGGCGCUGAGAAUCUGCUUUCCCGGCACCCACGAGCGAACACAAAUGAUAUACAAACAUAUAUUGAUCAACUUUUACAACUUAACUCAGAAAUUGAACAACACGAAGAACUCUUCAAGUCAAUAAGCAGGACAUUCCAAAACGCAAUCGCUGAGUUACCUCGAGACGAAGUUGAGGCAAACAUGAACAAACUGAAACAGCAAAAGGAAGCCUUAGUCAAAGUAAGGGCUACUGUCCCCGUAAAGUUGCAUCAAUAUCGGCAGCUAUUGGUCCAGCACGAGUCAUUGGAGACAGGACAAAAAGAAAUUGGACAGUGGCUGGAUAAGGCCGAAAACGCCCUUCGAUCCACUACCGAAUCUAGGCGUGAGUUGAUAGAAGAAACAUAUGAAAUCCAUCGAACAUUCUUCUCACGGACAACAUACUAUAGAUCAAUGCUGGAAAGCAAAAACAAAGUAUUCCAGAAUAUUGUAAAGGCAGCUGAAAUGGAUAAAAGCGCAGACGUCAGCGAUCAACUUUCUCUAAUGAGGGAUCUUAAUGAGAGAUUUGCCCACGUAUCAUCCGAGGCAACUCGGCGUGAAGCAGAUUUGCAACGUUUGGUUCGCGCCUGGGAAGAUUUCGAAACCAAGAAACGUAUUGUUGAAGACUGGGCGUCUAGAGCUGAAGCGUUGCUUGCUGAUAACAGAGUUGACAAUAAGCAAGCGCUCCAUCUACAUGAACAGUUCUUCCAUGGAGCUGACGAAAGAGCCGUGUCAGAACUUGUCAGAUCAGGACGAGAGCUUGUUGAGUUGGUGAAGGAAGAAGAUAGAGCCGGUGUAGUUCGAACAGUAGAAGAGCUGCAGAGAAGAUGGAAGGAAUUACUUGAGCGCGCGCCGCCACAUCUUAUGCGACAAGAAUUCAAAUUGGAUGAGACCGUCUUCCAUCAUUGUAUCAAAGAUAUCGAAAAGGAAAUCGCUUAUGAGGAGCAGGCCUUCAAUCAAAGUAAUGAUGCUGAUGGCAUUCUUAUCAGAAAUGAGGAAUACUUCCGUAAUCAGGGCAAGGUGAUGCAAGUUGAACAAUGUCUUCAGAACCUGAAUAAAAUUUCCAGUAGCUAUACACAUCAAACUGGAGACACAAGCCUUGACGAAGAGCUGCGAAGAUGUGAACAACAAUGGGAAUCUACAGUACAUCGAGUAGAAAACUUCAGACAACAACUUCAACAGAUUCCAGCUAAGUGGGAUGCUUAUAGAGCGAGAUUUGGGGAAAUGGAGAGGUGGAUGGACCAUGUUGAUAGGACUAUGGACAGCAUUGUUCGAGAAGUUGACUCAGCUGAAGCAUUUGAAAGAGAAAAAACAAUAUUUCAGAACAUUUGUCGUGAAGCCGACCGAAAACGUGAAGACAUGAAAUGGCUUGUACAAACAUUGGAUAUGCUUUCGAAUCACUGUUCUGAUAAUGAAGCUCAAGAAGAACAGGUUAAAUUAGAAAAUCUAAUUUCAAGAUAUAAAAAUCUCAUACCCACUAUUGAAAUUACUAUGAUUAAGACUGAGACCUACACUAGAUGUUACACAUACAGACGAGAAGUACAUGAAGUUAUUUGUAUAUUAGAAAAUGCUAAGAAACAUGCAAUGGUUGAACCUGAACCUCAAUCUCUACAGCAAGUUGAACAAUUAGUACUUGAACAGCAAGCUACUGUCCAGAAACUAGAUAGGCAGAGGCCUUCCGUUAUGUCCAUGUUGCAACGUGGAAAGGAACUCAUUAAAGAUGCAAAUGCUCCAGCAUUUGUCAGAGAAGAUGUCAGGAAUCUUGAAUCUGGAUGGAAUGUUGCUUAUGAAUCGAAUACUGACCGCCUACAUAAGCUAUGUGAUACCCAAAAAGUGUGGUCUAAUUACGAAUAUCAGAAAGAAGAAUUGCUCUCUGAUAUAGAUAAAAUUGAAAAUUUUGUUGCGCAUCCUGGUUUAGAGCUCGGUGUCUCUAGCAUAAGCCGUGAAUUGCAGGAAACGCAUGCUGUUAACGCUGAUAUAGAAAAAGCAAAAGCAGAAAGAUUACCGCAAUUGCAACAAGCCUAUGUAGAAUUGCAAUCUCUAACAGCUAAUAAGCCAAAACCAGUCAUAGAAAAAGAUUUAGAAACUAUUGAACAUAAGCUAGAUAGAGUGCAAGAUGAAGUGCAGACAAAGGUUAUACACCUUGAAAAGUUUAACGUAGAGUGGACUAAAAUUGAGCGUAAACUCGACGAUGUCCGUGAUUGGAUUAAGAAAGAGAGUCCGGCUUUAAUAUCACAAAUUCAAUCUGAAACCAUAACGCCCGAAGAAAGAGUAGAAAAAUCUCAAGUGUUGCAAAAAGUUAUCGCCGAGAAAAUGGAUAUUAUUAGAAAUGUCGCCGAACAAGGAAGUAAACUGGCUGUUGAACAUCGAGUUCAAGAUUCCAAUAGACUUAAAGGUGACAUUGCUUUACUUGAAAAAAUGAUGGCUGAUCUACAAAGAUGCACUGAACAACAAACGAAAGUGGUAGAGCACGAUCUUGCUAGCUGGCAAAAAUAUCAAAAAGGAGUCGCAGAAAUUAAACCAUGGAUUGAAGAAGCUGAACUGAAGUUAGGCAGCCUUCCUAAACCAACAACAUUGCCGGAAGCACAGCAAUUGCAGCAGCAGUCGAGAGCAUUGGUGACCGACUGUGACAAACAAUUGAUGAACCUACAGAUAUUGUCCAGUGUAAGCCAUCAACUCUCAGGCAAAACGAGUGCUCCUGAUGAAGUGGAUGCAAUACAUUCUAGGUGGGCAAUUGUCCAUGACCUAGCAGACCAAUGGAAUAAUAAAUUAGAAAAACUAACAGCCCAAUGGGAGAUUUUUGAAAAGGAAGCAGAAAAAAUUGAACUUUGGAUAGAUAAUGGGGAAAAGCUGAUUAAUAGUCGAAAUGUUAAUGUAGAAACACCGCAAGUAGAAAAACUUGAUCGAGAAUUAAACAAAUUGAAGUCUUUUGGAAAUGAAAUUUCACAACAGCAAGCUAAAAUAAUAACGUUAUCUCAAACAUGCGAUAAUAUUUGUCAUAGUGUACAACCAGAAGGUGCUAAUUUAUUGAAAAAUAAGGUAAAUGACAUUAAACAGCGAACGAACAACCUAGCGGAAACUGUAAGAUCAAGAAUAAACGAGUUGUCUGAUAAAAUAAUUGUUAAACAAGAAUUCCUUACAAAAUUGCAUAACUUUGACAACUGGAUAACUGAUUUCAGAAGAAAAACCGAAAGCUAUGAUCAAAUAAAUUCGGAUAGAGUCGAGCCGACUCUUCAGUCAAUGCAUGUUUUACUUCAGGAACACGCAGCGAAGGCACCGGAAUUCACUGAUAUUUAUAAUGAAGUUAAGAAUAUGACACUCGCAUCCCAUCCAGAAGAAAUGCGUUCCUUAAAUGACACCUAUUCAAACAUUGCAGAUAACUAUCAAAUGAUUGAAAGUACUAUUCAACAAAAUAAAACCAUUCUUCAAAAAUGGUCCGAUUUAUUGAACUGGUAUGAAGACAAUAAGCAACAAUUGAACCACAUACAGUAUCAAAUUGAUGGACCAAAAUUAACACCGGAAAGCUACGAAGUUCUUCGCCAAGAACUUGUUAAUAUACUAACCAAAGUACCAGAGAAAAAGACGAACGUUGCAUUGUUAGACGGUCCUUCAAAGAUAAAAGUAACUGAUCAAAACACAGGAAGACUUAUUUCACCGUCUAGCUUGGUGAAAGAAAUCGAAACAAAGGCAGAAACUUUGCUAAAUCAAACUAUUUCAAAAAGAGACCUGGUUCAAAAAGUUGGCGCUCGCUGGGACAAGUUUAACGUACAGCAUAAAUCUUUGUCGGAUAUUCUGCAAAAUAUUCAGAGUUCCCUUAAUGACAUGUCUCAGAAACCUGCACCUUUAACAGAUGCAACAAUACAAGAGAUGACUGAACAAUUGGAUCGUUUAGAUGCAGAAUUAAAAGACAAACAAUCUGUAAGAAAGGAACUGAGAGAAGAAGGACUGCAUUUAAUGCGUGAAGAUCAACAAAAUAUGGGCACCAUUCAAAACGCUCUCUCCGCAGCGGACAAUAGCUGGGACCAAGUUGUAAACGCCGUUCGUGAUACUAAAAAUAAGUGCAUAUUACUUUCAUCAACUCUACAAGAAUUAAAGAACUUUAAUGUAGCUUUUGAUAGGGAAAUGUCUAGAGCAGAACAACUAUACAAUGAAUGUAAAAAUGCACCAAAUGAUUACAUUCAAACGGCACAGGCAUUAGAGAAAGCGAAAAAGUCGUAUGAAGUGCUAAAACGCUCUAAAGGCUUGUUGGACCAAAUGGAUGUAAUAAAGCAAUCUGUACUUAAACAGGCUUCUACCCUAGGUGGUUUUGAUACUUCUCCUUUAGAAGACGCUUUCCUAAAUACUCAAACACACUGGGAAAAAGUAAAUGAUACAAUUAUUAAAAGAAUCCAAGAUUUGGACUCCCAACUGUUAGUCUGGCGACAAAUUGAUGACGUCAAAAAUCAAGUAGUACAAUGGCUUAGUGAAACCGGUCAGAAUCUCGGUAAUGCUUGUGAUAACCUAGAAAUAAGGUUUGGACAAAAUCACCUUAUGAAAUACAAAGAAGAACUCCCAUUAUAUUUAGGGUUAAAAGGCAGUAUAAUUACUAAAUGUGAACAAAUUACAAAUCUAAAUAAGAGUAUACCUGCGGCACAAGUAUCGUCAAUUGUUGAAUAUUUAGAUAAUGAAUUUGAUGCUCUAAAAUCUUUGGCUGACAAUUUAGAAAGUGCUGUAUCAUCUCUCGAAUCAAAGGAAAAUAAAUUUAAAGAUACUAUUAAACGUCUUUCAGAUAAGGUAAGCAAAGUACGUGAUGAUAUUAUAAAAUGUGAUGAUAUGUCCGGUGAUAAUAGUAAAAUAUUGGAUCGUUUGAAAAAGUGCCAGUUAUGUAAAGCUGAACUUCAAAAUUUGAAUGACGAGAUAGAUAACUUAUCGCAAAACGUAUCUGAAAUGAAUGCUAAUUAUCCUGGUUUCUACGAGUCAUUGGUACCAAAAGAACUUAGUAAUCUUCAGAAAAGGUUUGAAAGCGUCUUGACACACGCAAAUAAAACUGAAACUACGCUUCUUACUUUCUUACAAAAAUCAUUCACGGAUAAACUUAGCAUGUUUAACAGAAAUUUAAAGAUAUUGGAUGAUAAGACAAGAUGGUGCAUGCCGGAUGCUAAUAAUGAUAAAUACAACCUCGAGGUAAAAAGCGCCGCACUACUCGAAGUCGGGACGGGUAUUGAAGAAUGCCACAAAAAAAUUAAGGAAUUAAAAGACGCUUGUGAAACUUUACGAAUUGUAGCCGAACCAGCUAGUGCCCAAGAAGCUGCCGUGCAAACAGAAAAAGCACAGAAAAACUUGGAUGUAUUGUCGUCAAAUUACGACGAAAUAAAAAAUAGGUUGCAAGAAAAUAUUGAUGCGUGGCAAGAUUAUGAGACAUUAUUAGAACGGGUUUCAGAAUGGUUACGAGAAAAAGAAAACCAAGUUCGUUUAGAAGCAGCUAAUCUCAGCGAUUUAAAUGAUAUUGACAAUAAAAUUAUUCAACUUGAAGGUUUGCACAACGAGAUUAAAAACUAUAGUGGUGAAAUAAACAGGCUUACAGAAAUUGGAGAAAGUGUGCUAUCAAAAAAUCCUGAUUCUAGAGUAACACAAUAUAUUAAUCAUUUAGUGAAUAGAUAUCAAACUGUAGACAGGUUCAUAGAUAACCACAUUAAACGUUUAAGUGACUUAAAGAAAAAUAAAGAAAAGUACGAGAAAACAACAAGCGAUUUCAAAAAUUGGUUACAAGAAGCCAAUGCUAAUAUAGUCGACUUAGCUGCUAUGAGCAAACAUUCUAAGCCAUCAGUGGCUGACUUAGAACAGGUUAAAAAGCUAAAUGAAAAUAAAGAAUUAGGCCAACGGUUGCUCAAUAGUGCUAUUGAAACUGGUGAAUCGUUAUUUAGUGGCAUAACACCAGAAGGGCGUGAAAAAGUCAGAAAUGAGUUGCGAACGUUGCGCGAUUUGUUUGAAGAUUCUGUAGAUUCCCUAAAUAACGUAAUCAAGGACAUUGAAACUACUCUUAACAAGAGAUCGUCCUUUGAUGAUACCUUUAACCAAGUUCAAAAGUGGAUAAGCGACAAAGAAAAUGAAUUGGGAGAAUUUAAGUUGUGUCCUACUUUACCAGACAAAAAAGCUCAUUUACAUGCAAAUAAAAUAUUACACCAAGAAGUAGAAUUGCACCAAUCUAUGCUUUCACAACUUACAGAGAAGAUUAAAUUAAUGCCCGAUGACGAAGCUGAAAAAAGUCUUAGUAACGUUAUAGAUAAAUAUACAAAUAUGUCAACCGCAAUACAAAAUAGAAUAAAAUCAUAUGAAAGUCACGUCUCUGAUCAUGAAAAAUAUGUUCAAAUGUUUGAAGAAACGCGCGAUACCAUUAACCAUAUUGUAGCUGAAAAUAGUAUGUUGCACUAUGGCGUUGUCACACAAAAAGAUGAUAUUGACAAUAAACUAGCUGUAAUUGAAAAGGUUUCGGCCAAAUCACUAGCAUUAAAACAGGCUUUAGACAAUCUUAAACAACAAUUGCAUAAAGUUUUAGAAUCUACCAGUCCCAAUGGUCACCCUGUUUUAAUAAGUGAAUUUGAACAAUUAAAAGCAACUUGGGAUCAAUUUGAAAAUCAAUGUCAAGACCAAGAUAAGAGACUUAAAGAAACUUUGCAACAGUGGAAUAACAGUCAAAGAACGCUGGAUGAAUUAGAAGAAUGGCUUAAGAUUAAAGAAAAUCUAGUUAGAGAUCAAAGCUUAAAAAGUACCCUGGAAGCGAAAGUAGCACAUUUGCAACGACUAAAAGAAAUACAAAAUGAACUGACUGCGAAAACGACGAGUUUCAAUGCUUUAUCUGAUACUCAAAAUAUAACAAAUGAGACAGAAAUAACAAAUAAAACUUCAAAAUUGGCUACUAGAUUCCAUACGUUGAACAACUUAGUGAACGAGCUCAUAUCAAAGUAUGAAGUAUUUGUGUCCGAACAUAGAACGUUUGAAAAUGAAUAUAACGACAUGGAAAAUUGGCUUGGUGGGAUGCUUGGUGAAUUACAAGAUUUAAAUGAAAUUGUCGGAGAUUAUGCUGUUCUGCAAGAGAAGCAAAAUAAAGCUAAAGAACUCUAUGAAACCAGAAACAAGAAAACGCCUAUUUUUGAAGAUUUCCUUAGUCUUGGAGAAAAACUGUAUGCACACACAAGUCCCGAUGGCAGAGAGGUUAUUCGUCAGAAAAUACGUAAAGUAAGAUCUUUGUGGGAUAGUUUCGGUGAUAGUUUUCAGGAAACUGUUAAUAAGUUGGAUCAAUGUUUACUUCAAUUUUCCGAUUUUUCUUUGGCUCAGGAACAGCUAACAAAAUGGUUAAAGGACGUAGAACGUGCUAUGCAAAAACACACAGAACUUAAGGCAUCGCUAGAAGAAAAAAAGGCUCAAUUACAAAAUCAUAAAAUUAUGCACCAAGAAAUUAUGACUCACCAACAGCUUGUAGAAUCUGUUUGUGACAAAGCACAGCAAUUAGUUGAUCAAACUCAUGAUGCAUCAUUGAAUGUGUAUUUGCAAUCUAUAAAGCAGUUAUUCCAAAAUAUAGUUACUAAAUCUCAAAAUCUUCAAGAGAAUUUAGAAGAAUGUGUCAAGAGACACGAAGAUCUAAGUCGACUUAUCCAACAAUAUAAGGAAUGGAUAAGCGGUCAAUCAGAAAAGUUAUUGGAUAUUGAAAAUGCUACUGGUGAAAAGCCUGAAAUUAUACGAAAAUUACAGUCUGCUAUAGCAUUAAAAGAUAUUGAAAAAGUUGGUUCCAAUAAAUUAGAUGAAAUAAGAGCUGUUUUUACAAUUGUAAGUAAAAGUACAUCGGAGGCUGGUAAUGUUUUGAUAAAGACAGAAAUUGAUAAUUUACAACAACAAUUACGUAAUGCUGUCCAGAGCAUUGACAUGUCAGAACAAAGACUAAAGCAGACGUUAAUUGUUUGGAACACCUUUGAAACAUCGAUUGAGAAUUUGACUGAGUGGCUAAAAGACAUGGAAUCCAAAUGUCGUGAUCAGGCUCUUUGUUCUACUUUACAAGAAAAAGAAGACCAGCUUCAACGAUAUGUCGACCUUCGUAACGCUAUUCACACGAAAGAAAAGGAAAUUGACAGUUUUGUUGAUGAAUCUCACAGCCUUAUACAAUUAAGUGGAGUUGAAAGACUUAAACCACUUGUAACACAAGUCAAUAGUCGCUACCAACAAUUGCAUCUAAUAUCAAAAGAAAUUGUAACACAUUGGUCCGAACUUGUCGGUGAUCAUAAGAAAUUUAACCAAUUGCAAAGUGAGUUUGAUUUAUGGCUGAGACCACUAGAAGAACAGCUAUCGAAAAUGAUCGAAGAUAAACUAAGUAUUGAAAAUAAAGGUAAUAAGCUGCAAGUUUUCUUACUAGAAAAAGACAACGGUGAACAUAAAAUGAGCAUAUUGGCAACUGCUGGCGAUAAAGUACUGCCAGAAACAGCAGCUUCAGGCCGAGAAAAUAUACGCGCUGAUAUAAGAUCACUCAGGGAAAGGUGGGAUAAAUUCAAUGAUAGUAUCGCACAACAGCAAAAAGAAUAUGAAUCACAGACAUUGCAGUGGUCUAGUUAUCAGGAUGUUUUACAACAAACUUUGUCUUGGUUAGAUGAAAAAGAAAAAGUAGUAGAGAAUGAAGAAAAGGCCAAACUUAAUUCUGCUCAAGAAAUUAAAAGUAAAAUAUUAAAAAACAAAACAUUAUUGCAAGAGAUAUCUUCCCAUAAAAGAGUUAUAGAAACGGUUACCGAUAAAGCAAAAACUGUAGCAGCCAGUAUUCAAUCAAGUAAAAAAGAAACUGAAGAAACAACAUCUAUUAUUAAGUCUAUUUGGGACAGGUAUAAUGCACUCACUAGUAGACUGACUGCCAUCAUCGACAAUCAUGAAAGUACUUACGAAAUAUAUCAACAAUUUACUGAUCAACAGAAAUCUUUACAAGAUUAUCAAAAGAAUUUAUGGGACAGGCUUCAUCUCUUAUCAGACUUUACCGGUAAUAAAGCCGCAUUACAAAAUAAAUUGACGAAAAUUCAAGAACUUUUGGAUGCCAUUCCAGCUGGUAAUAACAAACUUAAAAUACUAUUAGAUUUGAUCGAAAGCCAUUCCGAUAAACUAUCUCCACGUGGCAAAGAAGCAAUGUUCCGGGAACUUGGCUUACUUAAAGCUGAUUUAGAGAAGUUUACGACCACUGUCCAUGAUGUAAAACGUGGUAUAGAAGCUAAGAUACAGCAAUGGAUAGAGUUUGACAACGCCAAUGAUCGUCUUCAGCACUGGCUUAGUGAUACCGAAAUGAGCCUUAAAACUUAUACACCUAAAGCUACAUUGGAAGAGAAAAUAGAUCAACUCAAUAAAUAUCAGGCUAUUUCAGCUAACUUGAAAAAGGCAGAAAAUGAUGUUGACAAAGUUACAGAUGAAUUUAGUGACCUUAUAGAAAAUUGCCAUGAUACUAGGAUCACUAUGAAUUUACAGCAAAUGACAUCUCGAUUCCAAUCUGUGCAUUCCACGGCCAAAGAGUUAGUAAAAAAAUGUCAACAAGCAGUGAAUGACCACAAUGCGUAUCAGGAGAAAAAUAGACAAUGUAUUGAUUGGAUUACAACAGCUCAACAUAAGUUUGAUGAAUGCCAGAAGAAUUUGUCUAAUACUCCUGAGGGAAUAGCCGCUAAGCGAGAAAGCCUUAACGAUCUGUUAAGUCAACGACGAAACGCUACACUUCUUGUUAACAAUACUUUUGAACUGGGAGAGAAGUUAUAUCCUUCUACUUCACCUGACGGUAAAGAGAUUAUUGAACAACAACUUCAAGAUGUACAACAUGCUGUUGAUAAUCUGUUUGAGAAUAUUACAAAGGCUGAACGUAAUCUGGAUUCUGAGCUAAAUAAAUGGUCUUCAUUCGAAGAUAAUCUUAAGACAGUACAAGACUGGCUAGCUCUUGCCGAGAAAAAUUUACCUAAAGAAAUUGAACUUAAGGCAACCUUAGAUGAAAAAAGAAGCCAAUUAAAUGUUUACAGAGAAUACUUACAAGAUGCCCUAUCUCAUCAACAAGAUAUUGCCGAACUCGAAAUGCGUGCUCAAAGUCUACCUGACGUGACUGAAGACAUCAAGAAAAACAUCAAUCAGUUGAAGAAUAGACAAGAAACUAUACUUAAAAGAGCUAAAUCAUUUGUAGAACAAUAUGAAGCUAUUGUUAAUAAUCACCAACAAUACUCUAAAGCAGUUAUGGAUUUGCAAGAAUGGGUUGAAGCUACCCAUAAUACAGCUCAGCUGUGGGGAGACGUUAACUUAGAAAGAGUGGCUUUGAGUAGUAAUUGCGAGAAGCUAAAGUCGUUGCAAUUAAGUUUACCUGAAGAGAAAAACCGCAUCGAUAAAAUACGAAGUAUUGGUGAGAAAGUAUUACCAGGAACAAUCAGCGGUGGCCAAACCAACAUUAGAAAUCAAAUUGAUGCAUCUCACCAAGAAUGGGAAGGAUUGGUGUCCUUCAUUAACAAAACUAUAGAAUCAAUAGAAAAUAAGAUUCAACAGUGGAAUGAAUAUGAGAAUAUGAAAGACCAAUGUUUAGCUUGGAUAAGAAACACAGACAAUCAAAUUCAUGGUGUCGACUUAAAGGCAACUUUACCAGAAAAACAAGAGCAAUAUAACAAGUUCCAAGAAUUGCAAGGAGAGGUGCGCGCUAAAGAAUUAGAAAUUGAUAAUAUUACAGAAAGAGCACAACAUUUGUAUACCGGAAUGUUAGGACCUCGAGGUUCUCAAAUAUCUGACCUAACUGUUAAAUACCAAAUGUUAUGCCAAAAAGUAAAAGAUUUAACCAAUAGAUGGCAACAAUAUGUAAAAACACACCAAGAAUUUGCAAGCAAUGUGUCAGAGUGUUCUCAAUGGAUCGAAGAACUGAGAGACAAGCUAGAUUUUUGUUCCGAUCUAAGUUCAUGUUCCCAAGACGAUCUAGAAACAAAGUUGGUACUUAUUCAAAACUUACUACUGACCAAAGACGAGGGUUUUACAAAAGUUCAAUCUUUAGUAGAAUUAGCUCAAAAUGUUCUGGCUAAUACCGCACCAACUGGUCACGAUUCUAUCAAUAAUGCAUUAGUAGCUUUACAAGAACAAUGGUCGGCUCUUUUGUCACGCAUGAUUGACACCAAAAAUAUGUUAGAUGACUCUGUUACAAAAUGGGCUGGAUUCCUGGAACAAAUACAGCUUCUAGAAAAAAGUAACGCUUGGUUAGAAAAUAGCCUUUCAGAAUUAACGCCGUUCGCAGGUUCCAUGACCGAUAAAAGGGCACAGCUUGAAAAACUAAAAGAAGUUGAAGAAAAAGCUCGUUGUGACCGUUUAGAGGUUGAUGGCCUCAAAGCGAAAGCAUCCGAAAUGUUAGCUAGUGGUCAGCAAAAUCAGGCUGCCUCUAAAGCUCAAGAAACCUUGAAUAAGUUUGAUUCCCUUUAUGAUAAAGUGAAAAAAUUACUUGCCGAUAGAGAGGAACAGUACAAAGAUCACAGGUUAUAUAAAGAAGCCCACGAUGAACUUAUUCAGUGGCUCGGAAGAGCGAGAGAAAAGGUUCCAUCAUUAAAAUCCAAACCACUUAGUGAUAAAUUGGCCAUCGAAAAUUCUGUAGCGCCUCUUGAUGCCCUCAUUAACAAGCAAGCUCAGGGAGAGCUUCUUUUAGAACAUUUGCAACACACUGGGGAAGUUCUUCUUGCAAGUACAUCUCCUGAGGGCCAGGUGGUAAUUAAAAACGAAAUGAAAGCUUUAAAAGAAAGCUUCGAUCAGCUCUUUAAUGAAAUUAAGCAACAAAAGAAUCAGCUCGAGGAUAUUGUGAAUCAAUGGAGAGAUUACAAAGAUGAGUAUGAAAGGUUAUCUGAUUGGUUACAGCAAAAAGAAAUUCUUAUUAAAAACCAUAAAGUGGCGUUGUUGGGAACUGCCAAAGAAAAAGGUGGCCAAGUUAACGAAGUGAAAGAGAUUGUUGAUCAGCUAAGCAAAGGAAAAGUAGACUUUGACAACUUCAAUGAUUCUUCUGCUGGAUUGCUUUCAUCUCAUUUAGACACUUAUGUCAAUAAUCAACUUAGACAUUUAAACUCCAGAUACCAAGUAUUGCUUAACAUGGGUAAUGAUGUCCUUAAGAAAGUCGAAAACAACUAUGAACAACAUCAAGCAUAUGAUGAUAAUUAUGCUAAGACUAAAAAGUGGAUUGAUGAUGCCUGGGAAGUCACCCGCAUUGGAAGUGAGGCAGGUAGCAACAGUAGUAAGGAAGCAUUACAAAAACGCUUAGAACAAAUCGAAGACUUGCUCAAACGUCGCGAAGAAGGUCAAAACUUGGUCCACGCGACCAUAAACAGUGGAGAAAAAGUAUUGAGAAACACUAGGUCAGACGGAAAAGAUAAAAUUAACACAGAAAUUAAAGAUUUGCAAAAUGAAUGGGACCGUCUUGUUAAGAAAAUGACUACGGCCAAAGUUCAUCUCGAAACUGCACUUUUGCAAUGGGCCGAUUACAGCUCAAGCUAUUCACAGCUUCAACAAUGGAUAUCCGAUAGAGAGGCGAAAUUGCAAGAGGUUUGCGAACAGAAAGUAGCUAAGUCUAAAAAGGGACAAGAUCGCCUUGCCGGUCUCACGACAGGCCUGAGCUUAGGCGAAAGAAAAGCAACCCUUCGUCAAACAAACAAUAUUGUUCAGGAUAUCGUUUCGUUUGAGCCCAUGAUUCAGUCUGUUACUUCUAAGGCUUCAGAAUUGAUGCAACAAGCUCCUGCUUCUGAAAUUACCAGCAAAUACGAGACAUUAUCGAAACAGGCGAAGGAUUUGUACGAAAAGCAAAAAGAAACUGUAGAGCAACACCAAGCGUUUAUCGAUUCCGGCACAGACUUUGUCCAGUGGAUUAGAGCUGCAAAAGAGAGAUUAGGUAAGUGCUCCGAUGCGACGGGAGAUAAAGAGUCUCUGAGCAGCAAGAUUUCGCAACUGAAGGUAUUGGAAAGUGAAUUACCAGAAGGGCAAGCAAAACUUCAAAAAGCCUUAGAGCAAGGGGAGAUAUCCUGUGGGCUCGCUGAUGAAGAGGACAGAGAAGACAUUGAAGAAGAAGUGGCUCUAUUGCAAGAGGAGUACGAUACAUAUGUCGAGCAGCUAAACAGCACCAAGGCCCUAAUUGAAGGUGGUAUAGUUAAGUGGACGGAGUACGAAGAGCAUUAUAAGGAAGCCCUGGAGUGGUUGUCGAAGACUGAAAAAUUAGUUCAAUCAUUUAAUAAACUUCAAAAUAACCUCGAGCAAAAGAAAAUCGUUCUGGAGGAGUUCCAAGGUCAUUUACAAACUUUAUUCGACUGGCAAGCCGAGUUAGAUAAGCUUAACAUGCGAGCGCAGACCUUGUUAGAAACUUGCGCAGACACAAGAAUAUCGAACGGCAUCACUCAGCUAACUACGAAGUAUAACGCGAUACUAUCUUUAGCUAAAGAAGUUAUGAAGCGAUUGGAGCUUCACUACCAGGAACACCAACAACACAACGCUCUCUACGGAGAAUGCCAAGACUGGCUCGACAGAACUCGAGAAAAACUAAACCAAUGCGCCGAAAUUCCCAACACCCUUCAAGAAGUCAACCACAAACUUAACACCGUAAAACUAUUACGUCAAUCCCUAGAACAAGGACAAAAUAAACUAAGAUAUUUACUAGAACUUAAAGAAAAAGUAAUAAUGAACACCGAACAAACGGGCGCAGCUAAAAUACAAGAAGAUACUGACAAUUUGAAACAGGAGUUUGAUAAACUUAUUGCGGACUUGCAAGAUGUUCGCAAUAAGCUAACAAACAGAGCUUCUCAAUUUGAUGAUAUUACCAAGGUACACAAAGUACUAGUUGAAUGGUUGGAUGAUAUUGAUCAGAAAAUCCAAUCAGAUGAUUCUUUACUUAACGACCUCUCAGAGAAAAAGGCUAAACUAGAAAAAUUCAAGACAUUCAACAGGGAUAUUGAUUCUCACAAAGAUCUGGUCAAUAAAUUGAACGAAAAAUUACAAGAAGAUGCCUCGUUAAAGACAAAAGAUUUCGAGGACACCCUCCAAAGAUAUGACGAUAUAAAGAAAACUGUUGACGACAUGAUUACUAAACUCGAAGACUACGUCAAUUCACACAUUCAAUACAAAGAAUCUUAUGACAACUUCUAUGAUUGGAUUCGAAACUGCAAAAUCGAGAUCCAACAGUCUGCUGAUUCACACGGUGAAAAAGCCGAAGUACAGAAAAAACAGAAGAACGUGAAUAAAAUAAUUGGAUCCUUGCCUAAGGGCAAAGCCUUACUGGACAAAGCGGUGGCUCUGAGCGAAGCUGUUCUUGAAACUACUGGAAAUGAAGGCAAAGAUAGCAUUAACCAAGAUAUUAAACAAUUGAAAAUCGAAUGGGAAAACUUACAACAGAUUUGUAGAGAUACAAAGAAACUUCUAGAAAAAUGCCUGUCUACGUGGUCCGACUUCAUAGAAACAUCGGAGAAGAUGACCAAGUGGGUCAAAGAGUUUGAUUCAAAAUUAAAUGCUGUACAAAAAGUUGAUAAAAUCACUCCAGAAUAUCUGGAAAAAUGUCGCGAUUUGUUAGCUCAAGCAUUAGCGAACAAACAUGUGUUAGAAGAACUUAAUGAUAGAUGUGAAAAUCUGAUGGAACUUAGUGCAUGCGCAUGGGUGCGUGAUAAAACGGUUAAUUUACAAACCGAAUACACCUCUCUCUUAACGAAAAUACAAAGCUUAGUUUCCAAUGGAGAAAAGAAUCUGUCAGACCACACAGAGUUUAUCAAGGCUAAAGAAGAUCUGCAACAAUGGUUGGAGACAGCCCACGGCACUGUGCACGAUUCAAUCGGAGUAGGAGAUAUCGACACUACUAAAGACAAACUGGAGACUAUAAAACUUGUUAGCAAUAGAAUGACCGAGGGACAUCACUUAUUAGUCGUUUUACAGGAAGCGUUUAAGAAAGCACUAAAUAACACUCCACCCGAAGAACAGGACGCACUCAGAAAUGACGUCAAAGUUCUACAAGAAAGCUGGGAUCAACUUAAGAUAGACUUGAACUCUAUAACAGCCCAGCUUAAAGCAGCCAUUGGCAAAUGGGAGGACUUUGAAGAUUCGAAAAAUAAAAUAAACCAAUGGAUCAAGGAUACAGAACAGAACUUAGACAAAGUUCCCCCGACAGGUGGAGAAUUGGGUGAAAUGAAGACACUUCUCGAGAAAUACAAACACAUUGAAGAUGAAAUUGACAACAAAACGCCUGAAUUGCAACGUAUCAAAUGUGAGGCCAAUGAAUUGAGCAGUUGGGCCAGAAAGCCGGCCGUCAAAGAGGCGGUUGUGGAAAUAGAAAAGAAAUGCGCUGCUCUGAGAGCGAAAUGCGCUGCAAAGAAAAUGGAACUAGAAUCUGAAAUCAAAGACUACAACCAUUAUCACCAAUGCUUACAAGACACAGAAAAGUGGUUACUGCAAAUAUCUUUCCAAUUGAUGGCACACAAUUCUCUUUACAUAUCGAACAGAGAACAGACUGAAGAACAAUUAGCUCAACAUGCGGUGCUGCUUGAUGACAUCCAGAAGUAUCAAUCCACUUUGGAUGAUUUGGAAGCCCUGGGUCGUGCUCAAAUUGAGAGAUAUGAAGCUACGGCACCGUCCAUCAGAGACACUGUUGGAAAACAGUUGAAGAACGUAAACGACAGUCAUAAGAGCUUAUUGGCCACUGCUCUUCAAAUCGAAAGACGUCUGAGAGAGGGAUUGGCUAAGUUUAAGGAGUACGAAGAUACAUUAGAAAGCAUUUUGAACAAUUUGGACGAAUGUGAACCUGCCAUUACGGAGUUAGACGUACCAGUGGAUGGAUUAGCUCACGGCCGAGAUUUACUUGAGAAAGCCAGGGGACUUCACAACCGUCUCCAAACAGAAAAAAGCCGUUUAUCAGCAGCCGUGGCAGCUUGUUCAGCGGCCGCAGCAUCUGUUUCACGUCCAUCCUCUCCGGCUGACAGUGCCCCACUGCCUAUCCCUCCGCGGGAAUUACACGUCAGAGCCCGACUUGAAGACCUUAUUGAUCAGAAACAUGUAAGUGAAGUGGGCAGCGCCCGCGUCGAUGCUUUACUAAAGAAUGUCGAAGCACCCGAGUUCAACGAGAAAUUGGACACGUUAGAGAAUAGGGUACAAAGUCAUCUAGAAACUCUCCGUGAUGCGGUUCAAGAAAUGGAGGAGGCGAUGAAACAAGUUCUUGAGAUUCAAGAUUGGAUAAAUGUUCACAAAGCUUUAGCCAAUGAUUGGCUCUCAAAUCCAUCAAAACUCCGCCCUGAAGCAGCUAAACAAGACAUGGCUGCGAUGAAUGAUGCUCUUGCGUCAUUGACCGAGAAGAGGAAUCGAUUACUAACUGAAAUUCAAACUGAAGGCCUCGAAGAUGAAAUCAAUCUAGAAGAAGAGUUAGCUGAAUUGGAACAGACAAUUUUGAAAUCUAUUGAAAGGGAAAAGAGCAACCAAGCCGUUAUUGAUGACUUCCGCCACAAAUGUCAGGAGAUCCACGAUUGGUUUGACGCUGUACUCAAGAAAAUGUGCUUGGCCGAUAAGGGCUCCGGUUUGCCGUGCCCACAGAAACUCAAUGCUUUGAAAGAACUUUCAUCACAGUUUGAUCAGGAUGGCAAAGAGAAAGUAGAGAACAUAAAGACAAUAGGAACCCAAGUUAUUAAUAUUGUUAGUAAUUUGGAAUCUCAACAAGUAGAAGAACAGAUGAAAUCUGUCGAAAGAAGAUACAACGACAUUGGUAAACGUAUUCAGCGUAAAUUACAAAUGCUCGAGAUAACUUACAAAGCUAUAGAUGGUACUAAGAGUGAAGUUGCUGCACAAAAUGAAUGGCUUCAAAAAGCUAUUGAUACUGUACAGCAUCCUGAACCGCUGGGCUUUGAAAGUAAGGCUGUAAAGGAACGUCAGAAAAAAAUGGCUACUCUUCUUAAAGAGGCAGACAGUAAGAAGACAGCCAUAGACUCUCUUGAAAAAAAGCUCAGCAAUAUUCAAUCUGAAUUAGAACCGUCAGAGCAAAUGCAGUUAGAAUCGGAACUAGCUGAAUUAGCUUCUAAACAAAAGCAGCUAGCAUCUUUGAUUAAACAAGAAAUAGAACGACUGGGUGGGUGUAAUGAAAUCAGAAAGAAAUUAGAGAAUGAUAUGGAGAAAGCAAAGAAUUGGCUCAAAGCUAAGCUAGCUGAAGUUAAGAAACUAGGCGGCUCCAUUCCUUUAGAAGCCGCAAAAAUUGAAAAAGAAGUAACAACUCACAAGAAACACCAAACGGAGCUCGCUGAUUUCCAAAACGAUACUUUAAGUGAAGUUAUCCGACAGGGAAACGCCGUAUCCAAAGACUGCUCGAAUGAAAACAGAGCUAAACUUCAAGCGAUGUUAGAAGAUCUUAACAAAAUGUACACAACCGCAAAAGUGGCCAUAGAUGAGAAGCUCGCUGCUUUAAAUAAAUUAUUGCAAAUUAGAAAUGAAUUUGAGGCUGAUGUUGCGAAGAUUCAAAGCUGGUUGAAUGAAGCUGAAGUUGCCGCUACACCGGAACUGAGAACUACAAGCCUUCAAAUACUAGAGGAGCAAUUAGUUAAGUUUGAAAAACUCAGUAAAGAGGCUGAUGACGUUGAAAAGAAUAUCAAUAAGAUAAAAGAUAAAUCCAAAGAUAUUAUGGAUUCUUUAUCUGACUCCAAUAAGUUACAACUUAAAGAACAAGUGAACAUCCUCUCUGAUAGAUUUGCUAGAAUUAACGCUAUUAUUCACGACAAAAAGAAUAUUCUAUUAAAACACAUCAAAGAAUAUAAGGACGCCGCUGCCAAGAUUGCAGCUGCCCUUGAAUUCCUUAACGAGAUUCAAAACAAACUAAAAGUGUUGAACAAACCAAUAGGAAGUAAAGUGGAAGAUGUUCAACCAAUCAUUCAAGCAUAUGAAACUAUUCUGGACGACUUAAAGAAAAACAAAGCUAUGCUAAAUGAGUUGCAAGGAGGAAAUUUGCAUGAUUUACAGGACAUCCUCACUAAACAAGAUGAUUUGAUGAGUACAAUUGAAGACCAAAUAUCGAAACUCAAACAACUGUUAUUAUUGCGUGAGCAGUUCUUUGCACUUGUAAAGGAAAUUGAAGAAUUUAUUACUAAAUACACGGAAUUGACAUCCGAAAUAGAAAGAUCAAAUGACUCUCUAGAAGACAAGAUUAAACGAUAUGACGAUAUCAUUCUUAAAAUCCAAGGCUGUGAAGCGUUGUUAGCGACUGCAACUGAUAAAGGUCAACAAAUCGCCGCUGAAGGCACUGUGAUUGAUAGAAACAAUAUAACUGAAUUGUUGCAAUCCCUGAAGCAACAGUUGUUGACAUUAAGACGUACAGUUGAAUCUAAGAGACAAGAACACGAAAGAGCCGCGGCAGAACACAAAAAACUUGCUGCAGAUCUCUCAGAAAUAUUACAAUGGCUACACGAUAAUGAAGCAGUCGUUCUUUCAAGACCACUACUCAGUAGAGACGUGGCCAGUGUCGACAAGAAACUGGUCGAACACGCUGCAUUGGCGAAGAACGUGCAAUCUUAUUUAGAUAAAUUUACUAACAUCACAGAUGCUAUCAAAAAUGACGAUGGUGUACCCGGAAGCCUACUCGAGAUGGUAUCUGAUGGCAACUCAUUGAAAACGUCUCUCCCUGCCGAAUUGGCGAACCGUGAAAAGCAUCUUCAAGACAACAAGAAAUACAGACAGCAAUACAUACAAAUGGUUGAGAAAUUAAACAUUUGGGUAAACGAAGCGAAUAUCCGUCUCGGAAUGGGUAAAAAUGGGACCGACUUUGAGAACAUCGAAGCUGAUUUAGAAGAACACAAGUCGUUCUUUAGUACAUCGGAGCCAGAAAUGAAGGACUUGGUUGGCAAACGAAUGCAGGACAUAGUAGACAAAAUAUGGUCUUCCCUAACACCGUCUGAACAGGAAGAGCUAUCGAAAGAACACCAGAAGAAUACACAGCUUCUAAAGAACACCUUGAAUUCGGCGAAGUCACGUCAAGCGCAAUUGGAACAAGACUUGGAGAUAUGGAAGGACUUCUGCCAGCUCGUAGAGAAGAUUAAGGCAAUUCUGGAUAAGAAUGAGAUUCCUGAUGAACCUGUGACUAGUGUGGACGCGUUGCGGCUGCACCUCGAGAAGCUGAACCACGCCAAGUCUGACUUAGAGAACCAGCAGCCGCUCCUCGACGUAGUUCGGGAGCGUGCUCGCGAGUUGUCGAGCGGCGCAGACGCAGCGAGCGGUGAACGCGUCGAGCACCGCACGAGGGAACUCGCUGAACGUUGGAAUAUCGCAUGCGAAGGCUUAGCCAAGCGUGCAGCAACCGCAGACACGCAACUCCACCGUUGGACCCAACUACUCGACACCCAAAGGGGUCUCUCGUCUGCUAUCACAGCUGCUAACGAUAGGCUUCGACAGUUAGACGCUAGUCCAAGUACGAGGAGACGCGCUGUGGACACAAGGCAUGCUCUGCAGGAGCUUCAGACUGAAGUAUCAAGCCUUGAAGAGAGUCGUGACGACUUGUUGGAGCACGCGGAUUUCGUCGUAUCCCUAUUAACACCACAUUCGCAGCAGUUGGCUGAAGAAACGCGCGCCGGUGUACAAGACCUUGCAGACGCCUAUGAGAAAUUGCGACAGACUCUUGCGGCGAGACUCGCGGAGAUAGACGAAAUCGUUUCUGAAUUCGAUCGCGUUUCCGAAAACAUUGAAAAGUUUCGCCAACAGAUCGAAGUUUACAUCGCCAAAGUCGGGACCUUCUACGUAUACGGGGAAGACGACGCGGACGGUGUCCGCGAUUUAGCAAAACAAGUUUCUGAUCUAGUUGACAAAACAAAGGGCUUCACCGAAGAUAGUAGGAAGCGAUACGGAGGCUCGGCGCCAGCUGACGUUGCGCAGGAAUUGUCUGCUUUAGAAUUAUCAGCAGAAGCAUUAGCCGCAGCCAUGGAGGAGAAGGAGAGGGAGUGGAAGAGAGCGAAGACGGCCCGCACCGAAUACGCAACAGACGUCGAAAGCGUCCAGGCGUGGGUCCGGGCGGCUGAGCUCACAGCCAAAGAGAGGACUCUACCCCCAGAAGCAUACAAAGAAAGAUUGGUAUCAACCAGAUCUGAAAUUCCUAAUAUUGCAGACCGCAUGGAAAGACUUAGCCGUAAUGCCCGUGCGAUUGUAGAAGGAAGCAGGGACGCUGCGGAACGCCAACUCAUUCAAUCCACAGUCACAGCGUUAUCUGAACAGUUCAGCGCUGUCUGUAGUGAACUGGAAGCUCGACAGACUGCUGUCGAAGACGCUUGUGAUGCCGUGGCCAGAUUCCUUGCCUUGUUAGAGAAGGUCCUACUAUGGGUAGAAACACAGCGUGCUUUCCUUGCGCGGCCACUUCCGUUGGCCGACUUGCAGGAGGCCCAGCAGAAACAAACUGAAUACGGGAAUGCUCUUAAGAGUUGUAAGCAGCAAGCUAAAAAUUUGGCAGACAUGGCUAAAGAAAUCGAAGUUAUUGAACGCGUCACCAGUCCGGGAGAUUUACCUUCUAGAUUGGAAGCGGCCGAAAAUGCUACAGUCGAUGUCGAAAAGAAAUUAGCUAAAACAAAUGGACUGUUACAAGAGUUAGCAGAAGAAUGGGAAAGGUGUGAAAAGAAAUUAAAGGAUGUAGGUCACUGGAUAGAAGCUACUACUAGGACCUUAGAGGCUCCUCAAAGCACGAAGAAGCCACUCAGAGAUAGACUUGCUCUGAGAGAGAAACUCAUUAACGACAUAUCAACACAGAAAACAAAAAUAUCUUAUGCCGUCGAGAAACUCAACGUACACUUUGGCCCGGAAGGCGUGGCCUCGCAGAGUCAGUUCCCCGAAGGAGUUCAGAUUCUAGCACGAGACCUUUGCGAGUCUUUAGACUCCCUCGGUGCUAGAACUUCGGGCCAAGCUCAGCAGUUGGCGGCCGCGCUCGCCCAAGUGGAAGCCUACUGCGCUGACAUUGUGCGCCUGCGCACUCAGCUGCUUGAGGCCGAACAGCGGCUGAGGCAUGCCGCUCAGCCCAACUACAGCCCUCGAGAUCCAGACACGAAACUCAGGCACCAACAGGAAUUCACCCGGCGUAUCGAAGAGCUGACUCGGAGCAUCUUCGAGUUGGACCCGUUCUACGUGGUGGAAGACGACCCGGCGGCCACUCUAGCGAUGCUCGUGUCCUCGGCUGACCGAGCGCGCGCUAAUCGCCGCCCACGCUCUCCCGAACGGCGAGCGGCCCGCAGUCCGCCCACGCCCGCCUGGCUGCUGCCUGGUACAACCUACGCCGAGAUAGUCAAGGGCCAAAACUCGCGCUCCAGCUCUAUUGACUCGAGACAGCAUAGCGCUCAGCGGGUCACGCACAGAAUGCAUACACCUGAAGCGAUGGAAGUCGAAGUCAAGGAACCGGUCAUUAGAGAGAUGACGAUUGGCAGCGCGAGUCCUGAAACACAGCAAAGUGAUAGUGUAGUGAGAAAGUCCUCACCAAGUAUGAGUGAAACGUGGGAUUACAGUGAAAUCCCCCAGUGUCGCAAUAGUGAGAGUGAUAUAUUCAGUGAAAACGUCUCCUAUGAUUCAGUUUCAAAGACACAAAAUUACUUAUGCGGCAGAAGUGAAGAUGUGGAUGCAGGUUCCGCCAUCCAACAAAAUCCAACGACAUCAGUAGAAAGUUAUUCGACUCCGAUACUUACUUUACCACAAUUGCAAACUCCCGACGAUAGGGCUAGGUCAAUAAGUCCAGCGAAUAAAUAUAGAUCGCAAGAUCUAUCGUAUGCUGAAAUUUUAGCUCUCGGACUCAAAAGGCAACCAAAAACACAGGUUACAAUGUCUUUACCUAAACCACAGGUAGCCCAAGUUGAAAUAGUAAAAGAAAUUAUCGUUGAAGUUGAGAGGGCGCCUCAACAACACCUUAUUGAUAAAAAAAUUGUGUCUAAAGAUAAUACAAAAUACAGGUCUGAACGACCAGAUAGGCCAGAGCGACCUUCACAACGAAGCCGCUCUAGAGAUAUGCCUCGUCAAAGAAGAGGACCUGAAAAACGACCGACCAAAAAUCAUGAUACACAAAUAUUAAAAAAGAAAAAAAUAACUAAAAAAGUUAUAGAAGUGGAAGAAUUUGAAGAAACACCUGACGUUGUUUCUACAGGACCAAUAAAAACUGUUAUAAAUCCACCAUUGCCAGAAGCACGAGAAGAUGAUCUUAUAUUGAAGUCCCCAUUAACAGUUACUGUAGAAACCAAAAAUGCUAGUGAUGUUGAUGAAUCGAAAUCAGAAUCUAUUGAACCUACCCAUAAAAAACUAAAAAAGAAACCAAAAUCAAAACGAACUAAAGAUAGUGACGAUGAGAUUGAAAAAGCUCUAAAAGAAAUUGAGAGAAAUUCAUCGAAACAAAGAAAAAAGAAACAAAAAACUAUAAAUGAAAAACCAAAAAAAGAAAGCGACACUGCUAUAAUAACAUGCAACACAGAAUCUUUAGACGUGUCCGAGGAACUCGUAAAGCGAGAACCCACAAGUCAAGUGAUAAGCAUGGAUCAACAAGAAAUAAAACCACAAGAUGUUGUAGAUGUUUCUAUUCAUAUAUCUAUUGAUUCUGCAUGUAAGGAAACAGAUGAUUCUUUUAUUAAAGGUAAAAUUACAAAUACUGAUGAAAAAUGUAAAAAAAGAAAGAAAAGUAAAAAGAAUAAAGUUUCAUCGGAAUUAAACACUCAAAAAUUAGAUGAUAUUGAACAAUCUAUUGAAAGUAACGUUGAAAGCAAAAGUCAAAUGAUGGAAUUCAAGGAAAAUGUACAAGUACUGCAAGAAAACACAAUAUAUACACUAAAAGAAAAUAGUACAUUAAAAGAAAAUUUAGUUACUCUGGAUUGGAAUGCUCUAAUGGAGGAAGAAGAAAAUGUUUCAGAGUCUUCUAUUCCUCUCGAAGGUGAAAACUAUCAAAUGAAAGAUAUAUCGGCACAAGUUGCUACCGAAGUAAAUAUUAUACCAGAAAGCAAUGAAAUUUAUGAUUCACAAAGUAUUUUACAAACAGACCCGUUCACAGAACCACUUAGUCAAAAUAUUGUUGAACAAUAUGAAGAUCUACUAAGCACAAACCAGGAACAAGAACCUCAGUUCUCUGAACCUAGUACUUCCACGUCGCCUAGUAUAAAUCAGGAAGCGUGUACAGUUGGUUUUAAUGUGGGUACAGAAAUAAUACAACCGCCACAUAUGAUGUAUCAAUUAGAUAAAAAAGAAGGUCAACCAUCGUUAGAAAGUAAAAAAGAACUUGAAACAUAUUCAUCUAGUAACAUAAAACAUAUAAAAACAAUCAUUGACGAAUCUACUCCUGAAGAUAUUAAGCCAAGUUCAAUUAUUUCAAAUAAAAGUGAGAAAAAUAACAACUAUAAGUUUAUACCAAUUGAUCCUUUAAAAGAGAUUAAUGAUUUGGUGGAAACCGAAACUUGUAAACCACACGACGUAGAUACUCAUACAAUUUAUCUAAUAACUCACGAAGAAAAGAAGCUACCACCUAUUAGAACUGUCAAAGUAUUUACAAGUAAGGACGUUCCUACCGAUGAUGUAAUUGAAAAUCCCAAUUAUGAACCAUUGACUUCAAAUGUAACGGACGAGAUUAUUGAAUCUGUGAUCAUUAAUCAAGAAAUACAAUUCAGUGACGAGCAAACUACACCCGAAAUAAAAUCAUUUAAUACAGUAAAUUAUAAUGAAACUGUAAAUGAAAAUGCUGCUACAACUAUAACUAAUGUCGCCACUGAAAUACCUAGUCAAUUAGAAACUGAAAUUGACAAAACUGAAAUGUAUACAUUAGAAGAAGUAAUAUUUGGAUCGGUUCAAGAUCGAAAUAAAUCCAAAGAAAAUACAGAAAUUCCCUACAAAGAGCUCAUCGACGAAGUCAAAACAUAUUCCAUAAAUUUGGACUAUCAGCAAUUAGACUAUAACUUUUAUGAGCUGAUAAAAGGCGAAAAAGAAAUUCAGUCCCAAAAUUAUAAAGAAAACGAAUUAGCUUCGAAGCCAGAAUUAUUACCUGUACUCGAUUUAACAUUAACUGAAUCCGAUUCUCAGGGUUCCAACGAAAUAUCAGCAAUAUAUGAAAAGCCUAUCGACGACUAUUUCGAAAUUACAGAUUCUGAAAAGCUAUUGGGCUGUAUUAAAAGUAUUGAUGAAAUAGGAAAUGUAAAAGUGGUUUCGCCUUUGUCAAAUGUAUAUCAUAUAGAAGAGAAACAAUUACCUGAAUGUAAAACGACGGUAAAAUCAUCUAAUUCGGAAGAUGAAAACUUGCCAAACAAUGCAGAAAACACAAUCUUAUUAAAUGAGGUUGUAAUCAAUAUGAAAUCUGAAAUGCCACGGCAAAAUUACUAUGAUCUUCGUGAUGCAGAGAAAAUGUUGGGGGUCAUGAAUUAUAAUAAAAUAUUGUAUAUUAUUGAUGUGAAUAAAGAUAAAGAAGUCAUAAUUCAAGACACAGACAUAAAAAACAAACCUAUACCACAAAAUAUUUCUGGUAUUGAGGAGAAUGCGGGCGAUGUAUGUAAAAAAUUAAAGUGUGACUAUGAACAAGUAGCAUACAGUUAUCAAGAAAUUAAAAAGGCUGAAGAAGUUUUGGCAAUAAAGAAUUCAAGAGAAGCAAGUGUGGAACCUGCAAAUAUAAUAGAAAAUAGUCAAGGAAGUAAUAUGGCUUUACAAACGAAUAACAUUAGUAUUGAUCAAAACAAAGACACACACAAAAAUUAUUCUUCACAUUUGAUUGAAGUCCCGUAUUAUUCGUACAUUGACAUUAGAGAUGCAGAAAUUUUACUUGCGAGUAUAACCACUACUGUCUCCCAAGAACCACUAAAAGAAACAUUGAAAAAUGAAAGUGAUUUGGAUAUUACUUACACAAAAACUGAAGAAAGUUCUAUAAAUGAACCAUUAAAUGACUUAGAUGUCCAGAUACCCCUUAAAACAUUCGUGAAUAAUUCCUUAAUCAUGGAAAUACCACGAUUCAACUAUCAAGAAAUUCAAAACGCUGAAAUGAAAUAUGCCGAAACAUGUGUCCAAAAUACCAUAUUGUGUCAAAAUACUGAACCUGCUUUGUCAGUUUUUGAAUCUAGUUCCCCUAAUGUGAAUGACAUGAAAGGCGAAGUAUACCUGGAAGUAUCUAAGGCUGAUGCAUUGGAAGGAAGCAAUGAUAAUGAUGUUAUUACAAAGAAUUCAACUCUUUCAAAAGAGUUAUUAAAUAGUGAAACUGAAAAGCAUGUUGAGAAGAUUAUUACACAAGAGUGUAACGUGAACUCUACUUUAAAUAAAAAAGAACUAGAAGAAAAUUCAGCUGACAUUGCAACAUGUACAUUAGAUACCAUUAGUCGGGAGGAUGAAAUACCCUCAGUAAAUAUUGUAUGUGAAAAAAUAGAAAAUAUCGAGCCGACAUCUGUCAUAGAGCUAAACGAUGAAGUUAAUUUAGCUAACGAUGAGGAUGAUUUUGUUAUUGUUGAUAUGAUUAACGACAUCUAUGAAAAUAUUGAUCAGGCGGUAAAAAAUGCAUCCGCAGAAGUAGACCGACAGGAAAACCAGGCGUUACAUUUUAUCGAUACUUCGAUACCACCUAUAAAGGAAACAAAUAAAAACGCUAAACAAAAUCCUACAAAUAUAUGUAAUAUAACUGACAAAGAAGAAACACAAAUAAUCGGAGAAAUUUGCAACUUAGAUGUUUCAAACCAAUCUGUACCCACUGAAAAUAAAGCAUCGUCAGAUACAGAGCCUGACUUUGAAAUAAUUACUACUCCAAUUUCUGAUAUUCAGGACCUUGAAAUUAUUGAGCCUGUACCUAUCUCGGCGGAUGAUCACUUAAUUCACACACUCCAAUCGACUGAUGCCCAUCAGCCUCAUUUCACUGAUACGCCAGGUCUCUUUGAUACGGUGAAAGAAAGUACGGAUUUAAAUAUAAUCAAUAUUGACAAAAACAAUUACGAAAUCGUUACAAAAGACAUAAAAGUUGACAAUCGGGUUGAAAAAUCACCCAUACAUAGCUUGCAUGAACUUUUGCCAGAGAUAGAUUCUAUUCCGGAAUUUAAACCUACAUAUCCUAAAACAUUCUUUUCUAACUUAUCCGCUGACGCGCCCGAGUUUACCCCGUCUUAUAUGUUCCAAAGUAACCCUACUGACACUGUUCCUAAUGCUUUGGAAAACCCAGAUUCGGAUACUGAUGUGAAGCGCAAAGAAUUGGAUUCAAAAUCGUACUCUGCUGCUGCUGCUGCUUUCAUCACAAUGGAAAGCAAAAACAUGGAAGACACAGUCCUACAUCAAAAACUAGAAGAUACAGAGAGGGUUUCACCGACCAUAAAUGCAGAAAAGAAUCCUGAUAGUGAUCUGUUUAAAAAUCUAGAAAUUAAAAACACGUCUAUUAUACCUCAAGCCAAUACAGAUACGGCAAAUGUAUGGGUUAAAAUGUUAGAUGACAGUAAAUCUUACGCAGAAAUUGUGGCGGAAGGACUUGCAAUAAAUGAACAAAAGGUAGAAUGCCAAGAACCUUCCAACUUUGAAGAAUCCCCUUCCACAAGUUUUGUAAGAGAAAAUACGUUACAAGAUAUAACAACCGAAAAUACAAAAGUAGAAGUUGGUAGCUCAUGGGCUAAGAUAGCAGCUACAAAAUCGCCGUUAAAUGUUAAUAAGAAUACAUUUGAACAAACAAUGCCUGUUCCAGCUACUAUCCAUAAUAAAACACCAGUUAUUUUAGUUGAUGAAUCUGAUGUAGAUCAUUAUAAAAUACCAAAGGAAAUAGAUGCUGAUGGAUUUAUUACUGUUGAAAGAAGUAGACAUUCUCGAUCAAGGUCAAGGGAAGUUCAAUCGACCUCUACUCUAAAUAGAGGUUUAAUUAUUUCGCACCGGGAUAAAUCAGAAAACAGAUUUGAUGCUCUUUUAGAUACGUUGAAGUCUGAAGAAGUGGAACGAUUCCAAAAAGCUAAUUCUGAAGACGAACAAGAAAAUAAACCAAAGCCAAGAAAAAGUCGGUCCCCCAAAUCAAGAAACAAGUCGGAAAUAUUAAAAUAUGAAGAAAAAUUACAGUCAACAAAGUUAAAAGAAGUCCUGCCUCAACAAGUGGAACAUAUUAAAUAUGAAUCAGAUGAUACUGAAAAUAAGAAAAAGUCUAAGAAGAAGAAGAAAAACAAAAAAUCUAACAACAAAAUAACAGAUUCAUCCCAAGAUGCAAAGGCUACUGAAGAAAUCUUCCCUGAAACAUUAAGCGAAAAGAAACAGAUUAACAAAAGUGAUCUAUUAGAAACAAAUAUAUCUACACCGGAAUCUGUACAUACCCCUGUAAAAGAUCGUGUAUAUUCUGAAGCUCAAUAUUGGAAAGUCGACGCAAGUGACUUAACUGAGUUAAGCAGUCUAUCUGAAACUAUAACAAUAGAGUUAAGUCCAGGACAAGAAUUACAAUUUGAAACUAGACCAUCAGUCCAAUCCGAAUCAUGCUUAAUUGAAUCAAAUGAAGAAGUAAACACACCCGAUCCACUUGACUCUUUGAAUUCAGACAAUAACACAAUACACACUAACCUUUCGGAAGAGCAAUCUCUUGAAAGCAAAAUGGCAGAUCUGCAAAGGGAAAUUGAGGAGAUGCUUUUGCCAGAAAAUGAUAAUUCAAUGACCAGUGAUGUCACGCCAAAAGAAUUAGCAGACACGAAUGAAUCUCUUGAUGAACAAGACGAAAUUACUGAGAAUAUGUCUCCUUCGUUGGCAUCACCAGAACCUGAAGAUUAUCAACGAAUUCCAGCUGACGAAGAUAUAAUGCAAGAGUCUAAAAUUGCUUUUAAAGAAGCGCUUCCAACUACUGUUACUACCACCGCAUUGGAAACAAAUAAGCAGAAUGAAGACAUAUUUAAGAAGCAAGAGGCACUUAAAAUAGAAGAAGUAGCAGAACAUGAAUCCAAUAUUAAUUUAGAACACGAUAAAAACAGUACAAAAUCCUUAUCUACUAAUAGUGACUCUAUUACUAACAAUAAACUACAAAAUAAUUAUAACUUGAAAACGGAUAAUUUCUGGGUAGAAAAAUCAUUUAUUGAUGAUGCAGAAAAACUCAUGCUAACUUCACCUGUCAAUAAGCCGGAAACUAAUCAAGUUAAAAUAGAUACCAAACCGGAAAUUGUUAAGGUAGAAGAAAAUCUUAUCAACGACAGUUCAUUUUGGCCUGAAAAGUAUUUAUACCACGACGCUGAGUGUCACUAUUUCCUACAGAGGGAAAUAAAAACCAAAGUCAACGAUACUAAUAUCCAUAUUGAGGCAAACGACGAGAAUGAUAAAGAUCGCGAUCCCGGUAGUGGCUCCGGUCAUUCUUCUGAUUUGGAUGAGAAGGAUCCGCAUGGAUCGUGCGGGUCUCCUUCCGAUUCCAACUACAUAUCCAUGGACUUGCCCGGUGGAAUUUGUAGUUGGAAAGAUGAAACGUCAUAUCUCAGCAUUGAAACGCCCACGGAUUCCUUAUUGGAGUCUGUGAGUGAAAUAUCUCGCGUAGGUUUCGAUAUGUCAGAGGAUUCACUAACAACCCCUACCCUAGAACCAGUCGCCCUACCUGACCCCCUACAGGAGCCGUCGGCCGCAGUGGGAGCCCGGACUACCAAGGAUGAGUUGUCUUACGAUAUUGAAACAUUGCUCGAAGAGGUGAAGAUAGUUCAGGCUAAUUUAUCAGAUCUACCAAAUGAAAGUCUCGAGGCGAUGGAACAAGGGCUCGUGGAGGGCAUAUCAAUUCUAGUCAAGUGUGGAGAAGCAGCCGAUAUGUUAGAGCAAAACGUUAUGGAAUAUCGUCAAGAGCCCGAAGCACAGAACCUGAUGAAGGAUCUCGUUGCCAUGAAAUCUAGGAUUGCUAAGUUGUUGAUUCAGGCCCGCCAAGGAUUGGCCACCAUCCAGGUAAGAAAGGAAGCGAAAAAAGAAAUUGAAAAACAAACACAGGACAUUGAAGAAAAUAAAUCAAAAAUUUGUAAAUUAGAUCAUUGGCUCGAAACGAUUAAUACUGAGCUUAAAGAAUCUACACAACAAGGAGAUGUCCUUACUGAAGAUAACAUUUUAAGAUAUAUUGAAAUAUAUGAACGUUAUAUAAGAGAAUAUGAAGAAUAUGAAAUUAUAUUGAAAUCCAUUUCGAUUUCAACAUCUGAGGAUUCUAGUCAAAUUAGGGAAAAGGUUAUUUUAACUAAAAAAACAUUAGAAGAAACCAAACAUCUAGUCAUUAAUGAGAUAGAAAGGCUAAGAGAAAUAUUGUUACAAAUAAGAAGUGCACCAGAGGUGAUUGAGGAGGAUAUAUCGCAAACGGAUAGAACAAUUGAUUCGACAUCGAUGCCUGAAGAAAUUGUUUCACCUCGUGAUACUAAUGUGAUCAAAACAGAAAGGCAACGUUAUCUGGAGGAACCUUUUAUGCAUGAAAGUAAUAUCACACAAGUUCCAACAGAAGUAAAGGAACCUUUCGAAACUAAAGUAAAGACAACAACUGAAACGAUAGAAACUCAAACUGGAAAGAGUUUAAUGUCCGACGAACCUUCUGUCACUGACAAGUCUGUAUUAUGUCAACCCGAUCCAAUAUCUACUCAUGAUGUGUCCAUAACCUGUGCACCACCGAAAGAAAUUGAAGUGCAGACAAGUGAACCCUCCUCGGAAGAAAAAGAAAUGUUAGAAAAUAUAGAAAUUAAGAAGACCAUCUCAGAUGGCCAUGAAACAAUUGAAAUUCAAAGUAAGCCAAUUAUGCGUGACUUCAAGAGCGAUGAAAGAUCUCUUGUGGUAGGUGCCGACUACAAUGAUUCUGAUGUCGAUAAAAAAUCUACACUUAAUAUAACACACAGCUUGCCACAAUCAUUUGAAACUAUCAUGGUGGAACCUGACGAAACUACGACAGAAGUUGUUGUAGACGCAGACGGCACUAAACGAAUAAUUGUAAGGAAGGUACGAAAAACACUUGUUACUAGACAGCAAGUAGUACACUCUCAACAGCAGAAACAACAGUUAUUCUUAGAUGAGGAUAUACCACGUGAUCAAACCUUCAGUCAAAUAACUAUAGCAGGUGAUGCAGGUUCCACUUCUAGUAUCUUAGAAGGUGGAGUUACUCAAAAUAUACAAUAUAAAACAUAUAGUGGUGAAAUUCUUUCUAGUAUUCCUAGUGGAGAAGUUACUAUCCAAGAAUUUACUUCUAAACCUGAUAUAGUAAUUGCUUUAGAGAAAGGUAUGGGACCAGAAGAAAUCCUUCAAAUUGCGGAAGGUGAAAUAAAGCCACAUAUAGAAACGUCGUCCUCAAGUGUAACUGCUAUUGUUCAACAAGUUACCAAGAGGAUAGUAAAAACAAGGAGACGUAUAAUUAGAAAGGUAGUUAUAAUUGAUGGCAAAGAACAUGUUUCUGAAGAAGUCAUAGAAGAACCUGAAAAUGUAGAAAUUUCAGAAGAACAGAUUCCAAGAAUAUCAAUAAAUGUGAGAGACUUUGGUUCAGAUAGGCAAUUUACGGAAACGGACAAUAACGGGGAUGACGAUAAUAAAAAACCGGUCCAGAGGGAUGAUAUUGACAAAGAUUUUCCCAAAAAAGAUUGUCCUAAAACGCCUGAAACAACAGACAAGUCUGAAGGUACAGAACAAGAUAAAAAUUCUCAAAAAGAAGAUACAGAGUUAAAGAGCGUUGUAGAAGAGUUUAUAAAAAAUGAGGGCAAAGUAGACCAUAAAGAUUUACCUGGUUUUAUUCUCGUGGAUUCUAAAUUAGGUAACGCUGAAAUUGAGACUACCAUUAAAAGAGAAUCGGAGGAGGUUGACCCUCAAGAAUACAUAGGACUUAAAGAUUCCACAAUAGAAUCAUCUACGACGAAUGUUUCUUCCGUCAUUCAAAGGGUUACAAGAAAAAUAACAAGAACGAAAAAACGUAUUAUAAAGCAUAUAAAAAUAAUCGAUGGUCAGGAGCAUGUAACCGAAGAAGUUAUAGAAGAACCAGAAGAUAUUGAAAUAAUAGAAGAAGAACCAAAAAUAAGCCAUACGUUGCAAGAGCAAAACACUCGAACAAAACGCAUAAGAAUCAUAAAACAAGUACAAAUAAUUGAUGGCAAAGAACAUACCACUGAAAAAGUUAUAGAAGAUUCGGGUGAUGAAUAUGAACCACCCUUAACGAUUUCAACUGAGAUUGACGAUCGUAUUCACCCAUCAGAAACAGAUCAUUACGUUGUAACUCUACCUCCUGAAGAAAUCUAUAAUCAAAAUAAAGCUACAAGCAAUAACCUAAUAUCUGAUAUUUGUGGAACUACAGAAGUAGUUGAGCCUGAUGAAGAAAAAGCAUUUGAAGCACUACUUCAAGAAUCUAAUAUUUUAGAAGAACUGCCUGUACAUUCACUUAAAUGUGAUAUCAAAGACAAAACUGAUCACACAGUCCAAGACUGUCAAAACCAACAGAUACAACUGGAAUCAGAAAGAUCAGAAACGGCAAAAACUACCGUGGAAUUGACUAAAUCGUUAAUUGACAGCGAGAUUAGUGAUUCAAAUAGGAGUAACACACUGGAAGAGGCUUUGAAAUUUUCAAGUGAGAAAGAUAAUAUAUAUCACAGUCCUAGUCAAAUUAGUACAGAAAAUAUAAUUAGGAAAGAAUUCCUAGGUGACAAGAAAGACGAAAUCCACGAUAAUCCACAAGAAGAAUCUUUAAACAAGCCUGACUUGGAUACAGAUAAAUCCCAAGCGAAUAAGAAACAAGUUAUUUCUGAGGAAACAAUUCUUCGAAGCGUGGAGGUAGGAAAGGAUGUGCAAUUACCUUCAGAAAGUGAUUCAAAUAAAGAGUACGUUAAGCAGGAUCCCAUUGUCGACAUAACCAACCUAGGUGACAAUGCUAGUAUUGUGAGUGAAUCAGUUAACCAUGGUGUACCGUCUAAUAAUACACAACCACUAAUUGGUAUUUCCCGUACAAUAGUUAUAAAGCGUAUCCAAAUAAUUGAUGGCAAGGAACAUGUUACCGAAGAAGUUGUCAAAGAACCAGAAACGAAACAACUAGAAACAAUGGAAGAUAAUCAAUCUUUUACUCAAAUUUUACAGCAGCAAGGGUUAGAAACUAAUCGAAUAAAGAUAAUACGUCAAAUUAGAGUUAUUGACGGUAAAGAACACAUUACUGAACAAGUUUUCGAUGAACCUGGCGGUACAUUUAUUCCAGACUCAACAAUUACUGCUGAAAUUGGUAUUUCUUUAACGAAACCAAACUCGCAAACAGUUAGUUAUAAAGCGCCAUAUACGCCUGAUUUUGUAGAUAAAGCAAUAAAAGAUGCGCCGAGUUCGCUUAAUGUUAUUGAUGAAUCGAAUAAAUUCAUAACUUAUGAAAAAUUACAUUCCGACAAAGAAAUAACCACAAAUAUUGAUAACCUUAAAACAGAAGAUUCUGUUACAAGAAAUGCACCCGAAAACGCGGAGGAUAAGAAAGAUGAACCAUCUCAGGAUAUUGAGUCAAGUUUUAAAAAUAAAGAGAUAGAGUUACUCCGACCCGAUGAAAUAGAAAAAUACCGUGCUGUUGAAAAAGUAAGCUUUUCAAAAGAAAAUAUAACACCGAGCCAAAUUCAAACUGAAAGCAAGGAAGAUUUUGUUUUAGAAACCGCUGUUGAAAAUAACGGUAUCAAAAAUGCUUCAAUUCGACAAAUGUCUGAAAUUCCUAACUUAGAAACUGAGAAAAACGCUGCAGGGCCUUCAGAUCAGAGCAUAACCGAAGACAAAGUACAAAAGAUUGAUCUGGAUUCUACAAAUCGAACAAUGGAAACUGUGAUGACAUCUUGUGUUAGUAUUGGGGAAGAAAAUAAAGAAAAAGUUGAAAUAGAACCUUGCAUUAAUUCUACAAAAGAUGCAACACCUAAUAUUGAAGCUAUAAUAUCAGAUAAGAAUAUGGAAGAUUUACCUGAAGUUUCUAACGUGACCAAUAAUGAUAAUUUAGAAUCACAAACGCACAUCGAAGAUAAAGAUCCAACUGUGCUUGAACAGAAACUUUUCACCGAUUCCAGAUCCAUCUGUGAUGAUCCUGUGAGUACAUCUCCAAGUGUUAUACACGAUGUUAAUACUUUUAUAGACGCAGAACGUCAGAGCUUUAGCCAAUGUUUGACCCUGGGAGGAGGUAACGACUUUAUUGAAAAACUUACACAAACAGAGGACAUACAUGAUGUACCAAAUAAGUCUUAUGAAAAAGUAGAUAUCACAAUGAAAAUAAUCAAGUCAGACGAGCAAUCAGACUUAAAACCACAACUUGGAUUAGACAUGUCUGUUGAGAAAUUUGAUUCUACUCCGCAACUAGUAAAAAAAGAUAUUGAGAUGAAUCUUCCAGCUGAUGUAAAAAUUACCGAAGACGUAAAAGACAAAUCCAACGACCCAGAAGUAAUUUCUGAAACAAUACACGUUGAGUUUCUUAAACCAGAUAAAAAGAGAAAAAGAAAGCACAAACAUAAGAAGAAUAGUGAAAGCGAUUCCGUAAGUACUGAAUCGCCAAUCAAAACACCUGAGAAAAGUUUGGACGAAACUGAUAGUUCUUCUUUAAGUCAUUACGUGGAAUUACCAGCUUCGACGCCCAUAGAAUCGCCAAAACCAACAAGAUCGGUACUCGAACAGCCCACUCUUUCAGACUCUUUUAUUGAUAGUGAAAAUGUGAAAUCAAUUGAUGAACAAGAUUAUGAGCCUGACGGUGAAUCGGCAGAACCAGCUUUAUCCGAAAAGAAAAAGAAACUUAGGAAACGUAAGUCCCACAAAAGUAGUGAAGAAACUUUGUAUCCUAUAGAAACACCACCAGAUGAGGCGUCAAUAUUGUCUUCACGUGAAGAUAAAGUAAAAGAUAUUGUUGAGAAAACCGAAGUAAAAUCCCCAGACGUUUCAGUAGAAUCUGAAAAGAUACCACAUUCCAUUUCCGCUCAAGAAAUGAUCACUACAUCGCCUAAAGAAGAGUCGUAUCACACAAUGAGUGAAACAUCUGACAUAAGUACUGUAAAAAUAAUUGAAGAAUGCAUUGCAAAGAGUCCAGAUUCAAUGAAGGACGAGAUAACAACUACAAUUACCUACCCUGUAUCAGUCGUAGAGGAAAUUCCUACUCAAGAUUACUCCAUCCAAACAUCACCAGAAUUAAGCGAGCAAAAAUCUGAACCAAAUGUGGGUUGCCAACCGGAAACUGUUGACACUAUACUUCAAACCUCGCCCACCCAUCUUACAGAUGUGGUUAUUCAGACUAUGCCCAAAGAUGACAAAGAAGUUCAUACUCAAACUAAUGAUAAUGUAGAAUGUAUUGAAAAAGUAGAGGCACUUGAUAGGUCUGUUCAAACAAGUAGAACAGAAAGCCCCGAACAAAGUGUUCUAUUAGAAGCUACGACCCAGGUAUUUGCCAGCGACAUAUCACUGCCCGAUCACAAAUCGUCUCAAACAACACCCUCAAUCGAGAAAGUACACGUACCCGAAAUGGUUUCAGACUCGAAAGAAAUACAAACUUCACCCAUCCUCAAAAUAGAGUACGAUGAGAAGGCCACAGAAAUAUCAAUUGAGACGAAGGAUUCAACAAUACAAACUGUUUUGCAAGAAAAUGUCGACCAAGAAACAAACACAACACCUGAAGAAGCGUUACAUCUUUCAGAUAUGAGUAUUCAAACUACAUCUAUACCUAUGACGAGUGCAUUUACACAAUCCGAUCAAGAAGUUUCAAAGGCCAUGGAAGUUCCCACUGUAUGUUUAGAAGAAAAAUCUACAUCAUAUGAUAAAGUCGACAUUACGGAGUCGUCGCAACAAACAUCACCAAGAAUUAUUUAUGAUGAAAAGAAUUUAGAAACUACAAAGGUUGCAAUAACUACUGUAGACUCGAUACAACAAACCUCGCCACGCGAAGAACAAUUAAAUGGUGAUGACGUGAAAAAUGUAUGUCUAAAAAUUUUAACUGCAGAAUCAGAACAACAAACAACUCCAAGACAAGACGCUGAAAAGUGUCCUGAAAAAGAAAUCGAUAAAUGUAUAAUAACCGUAGAUAGUAUACAACAAACAUCACCUAGAAGCGACAUAGAUGAUUCUAUUUCAACAUCCACUGAUGAGCCGUACGAAGUGCAUUUAAGAGCACAAAUCUCAAUACCUCAAGCAACUAAUGAUUUCUUAGACAGUGAACGUCAAACGGAAGAUUAUCCACAUACUAUUUUGGGCGAUAAGCAUAAACAGAAAAAAAGAAAGUCAAAAAGAAAAACAGAAUCACCUCUAAAGUCUCCUGAAAGUUUAUCGGACCCAAUUAAUGCAGAGUUAUCGUUGUCGGUGACACCUACGAGCGAUGAAUUUUCUAGCAAAGACAGUUAUUCCAUAGACGAAGGUAUUUACCAAUAUCCUACUACUGAUUUGCCUGCAAACAAGGAAACGGUAGUGACACACAGGCCUACUUAUUCCGAUAUUGUGCAAAGAUCUAAAUCGAAAUCGCCGUCUCCUAGCAAAACUUUAGUAACACCUAAAUCUGAAAAAGCUGUAUUACUAAAUUGUCUUGAAAAACGUACUCAGACUACCUAUGACCCCCAAAGACUGUCGGAUAAUUGUAUGGCAGUGGCUUUAAUAGAACCCUCUGUAGAAAAAUCAUAUGAUUUUGUUGUUAGCACUAAAUUAAAGGAAGUUAAAAAUGCAAUUGAAGACAAAGAUCCUAAGAAAGUAGAGAAAACUGUCAUAGUUGUAAUUGAAACCAUAUCCAUUUGGCUGGAAGAAAUUCAAUACAAAAUACAUGCUGCUAUUUCAACGGGUAAAAAGGUACCUGAAGAAACUCAACGGAUUAAGGAUUUGGAACAAUAUGUACAACAUCUUAAGGAGAUCGUUUAUGUCACUGAAGUCCACGAAGAAAUUGUUACCUUAAUUGAAACUUUGACCCGUCAAAUGAACGCUGUUAGUCGGCUAAGUAACGAAAGCGUUUCAAAAGUAAAGAAUGGUGAAGAGGAAUGGCGAAAAUUCUUUGAUGAAAUCGAUAAUUUAGCCCAUUCUGUCGAUAAAAUGAAAACCAGAUUAGAAGAUCUGAUAACUUUGGAAGUUCCAUCGUCACAAAAACUCGAAGGACUCGAUAAAAUUGAAAAUGACAAUAGUGACAACUCUGGUCACGUGAAAAGAUUGUUUAAGGUUUAUCGAAGUAUAGUUGAAAAUAAUUCAAAAAGGGAGUGUCCGUCUAAACUAUAUUUAUGUGACGAAGACACAAAACAAAUCGAAAAUGCUAUACACGUAGAACGCGAUCGCCUUUUGCAAUUAACAUCAUUAGCUGAAGAAUACGAACAAACUCUUCAAGAUUUUGGACAAAUAACUGUCGUUGCCGAGGCGUUACUUGACGGUAAAAUUAUCGUUUCAAACUUGGAACACCUUCACGAGGAAAUACAGAAACAUAGGAAAUUCUUUGUUAAUCUAAGCCACUGUCGGGCAAUACUAGAAUCUUUAGAGGAUAACUUAGAUAACGAGACCAGAUCUAAGUAUGCUUCAUUGCACCAUUCUCUUCACGAUAGAGCAACUGCUAUUAUAGACCGAGCUGCAGGCCGAGCUCAGCAAAUGACUUUGGCGGCUUCGAGAUGGAGUAUGUUAGACCAAGGCAUGAAGGAAGAACUGCAAUGGCUUCGGGUAGCCGAACAACGCAUUCCAGACCUUACUAAUGUUACAUCUAUGGAUCACGAGCAAUACAUUAAUCUGUACCAAUCCCUUAGCCUCGAUGUUUCCCAUCAUUAUGCGAAAAUUUUACGGCUUUUGUCUGUAACGGAGGGUCUACAAAAUCUUAUCGUUUGUCCGGGACUAGAGUCUACCUGUUCUAUGGCUCUUGAAACAUUAUUGAAACAUCAAGAAAACAUCGACGUUUCCUUAGUGAGACUCACAGAUUUCAAAGAAAAUUGGUUUACAUAUGACCACUUUAUAAACAGAAUAGAAAGCUGGAUUAAACUAGCUAAUAGGGAAAUGGAACAUAUAACUCCAGAAAACAUAACGACCACCGGCAACCUAAGACGAUUCUGGGAGUUAAAAGCUCAGCACGAAGUGCACAAUAAUUUGAAGACUGAAUGCGGAAUUCAAUUCGAAAAGGCAUUAGAAAUCCUUCCAAUAUCAGAUGAAAUGGUUCAGCGUCAAUUUUUCUUGAAGAUCGAAGAUAAAUGGCGAGAUUUAUCAGCUAGAAUUGGCAAUCUACACGCUUCCGCCGUUCAAAACAUAUCCGACCGAGGUGUGUCUUCUGGUGAGAAAUUGAAUUUACUCGAAGACGAGCUGAGAGAAUUACGGGGUUCGCUGGAAGGUCUCAAAGGGGUAAUUAAAAGCGAAGACGAACUAAACUUAUACAUCGAAAGGCUGCAGGUGAUGACCAGCCGCAUCGAUCGGAUACAAAACGAACUUGGAAGAUUAAGUUUACUUCCGACCGCUGAAUCAGAUCGCCUGGGCGCCCUCUUAACACAGUCUGGCAUAUUAGACGACCAAAUCGCCGAAGAACUAGAAAGAAGCAUGUUGCUGAAAGAGAAGAUUGUUCAAGUGCAGGCUGGUAUUGCGCGGGUGCAAAAGGGUCAACGUCGCGCUCGCCUGACUCUGGAAGAAUGUGGAACGGCUGAACGCUUGGGUAGUGAUGUCGUUGAGAGAGCCUCACAAAAUUGUGAGCGGCUCCUGGAAGACUUGGCGGCCCAAUGGAAGGAAAUUCUGGCGUUGAGACAAGCUCUGCAUACAUUACCCAUCAGUCUACGUAUUUGCGUGUCGCCCACCAGCAUCGAGAGAGACAUUUCUGCUUUACAGGAGACCCAUGCCGAGUUAGAAGCAGCGUGCAACGAUCUCUGCGUCCGUCUAAGAAGCAAGCUCCAACUUUGGAGGCGAUUCGAAAGACAGCUGGAAUCGGUCCAAGGUGCUGUAAGAGAAGCGGACUAUAUGGUUGAGCUGCUGACUGUACAAGGACAAGUGGAUUAUGAUCGUCUGCUUAAAGCCACCGAGAGAUUGGAGACGCUAAGCGACUCCCUCUCGCGUCGUAGUGGGGAAUUGGUGGGUGAACUUCGCGAAACAGCCGCCCCAUUAGAGGCAAGCACAGAGCCAAGUGUCGCGGCCAAGUUGCGCCGACAAUUGGACGACGCAGCCACCGCCUAUGAGCACACUUGCGCUAAUCUUACACAGUUGUGUGACAAAUACCACAAGGCAGUGGACCUUUGGAGCAGAUACAAAGAAGCAGCGGCUGCUGUGAGAGCUUUCGCUGAGUCCCAGGAAGGCAGGCUCCACGCCCUCAGACCUGAUGAUGCACCGGCUACCGCUAAUGCAUGUCUAGAACAAGAAGCCCGCGUGGCAGAACUGCGGUCUCUCGCAGCCAGGGUGGCCGCAGAGACAGGUUCCCGCGCGUUACAGGCUGACGCAGAUGCAUUGGCCAGACGUCUACAGCUCGUUGCCGGUGCUGUACAGGCCCUGGCUGACCUGGGAGAGGCCAGGCAAAUCGCCAGAGCGAAGGCCCAACACGCCAAAGAGAUGUUCUGUGAUAUGAGACAAGAUCUAACUCCAGUUCACGAGGAUGGUGAAAUCGUCGAAGAUAAACUAAUCGCGCUACGAGAUAACUUAAUCGCACUCGGAAAGAGUGAGGCAGAUAUUGCUCCCGCUAAAGCAGAGUUACCGGAGAUUGACCGCGAUGUAUCUGAGGAACAUUCUAUUGUUAGGAUUUUGGAGUUGUGGCAGGCGAUGUUUAGAGAUACUUUCCUGCAUUAUCACAGGCUUUCCACUGCGUUAGUAAGAUCUGGAGACGCUGCUACUGCAUUUAAACUAUGGCACGAAUACUUAUUGGAUCUACAAUCGUUCCUCUCUAGUACACUUCCCACCGAUUACGAAAAUCUAACUGAACAUCGUCGACUAUGCAGAGUUCACAGAAACUUGUUGGCGUCGCAAAGAUCUGUCUUAAUUAAUGAAAAUAGAGAUACGAACAAUCGUGAGUUGGCCGAUAAAUUUGAUACGCUCACUAACCUUCACAAUGAAACUCUGGCAAGAAUUGUCGAAAGACACGAUGAAGUCAGUACACGAAUUUCCGCCUGGGAUGACUACAGAGAAAUCUACACCGAAUUACUGAAAUGGCUUAAAGAACUCGAAAGAGAGAAAGAAAAAUUACAACUAAGAUAUGUACACAUAAAAAGAAUAAAUAAGACGCUAACACAGGUACAGAAUCUCGCAGACAAACUUCCAGAAGGACGAAAGUUUGCCGAAAAACUCUCCAGUAACCUUAAGAAGGUUCUAGAAUUCACAGAAGAUACUUACGGUGCAUCUGUGAGGAUGGAGUAUGCGGGUAUCGUAAAAAGAGUUGAUAAUUUGCAAGCUAGCUUAGACACGUGGCGUGAUUUCCUCACGAGGAUAUUAGGGCUCAUUGCGGAGUAUGAAACACUAACAACUGAUUUACAAAAACUUUAUUCACGAACUCAAAAUGACAUAAUGACCUAUUCCGAUGAAGAACGUCUGUCCAGACCACAAGUCAAAAAAGCACUUGACAAAUUUACAGACUUAAGAACGAAGAUCGACAAAACCGAAUUCCAAAUCGAAGCUCUAACUGUUAUUCAAGAACAAUUGAAAGAAUGUCUCAGUCCUCAGGACAUUAGAAUAGUUAACCAGAAAGUAUGGCAACUCCGCCAACAGCGUGCUGAUUUGGAACACCAGCUUUCUAUUAUCAUUCAUAAACUGCAGGAAAGGAUAGAAAUCUACACGAUAUUCGACUCCAGGCUACUACGGUUUUCUGAAUGGUUAAAAUCUGUUGAAACGAGACUCGAAUCUACGACCUCCAACGAAGCUGGCGCAUUAGAUCCACAUGACCUGAUAAAGAGAAUUAAUUCAGACCUUCAAGCUGAGACAGCUAUGAAGGAACGUGAGUUCGAAUGGCUAACUGAAACAGGCAUUACCUUAGUGGACUUGUCUAAGAAAGAUGAAAAGUCUUACAGCAAGAACACUUCCAAACAACUGAAGGAUAUUCAGGAACGUUGGCAUCACUUGCAAGAGUCGAGAAGAAGUAGAAUAGCAAAAAUCACUGAGCUUUUAGUGACCAUAUCACAACUUGAGGAGCGAUUGACGGAAAUUAGAACAAAGUUACACUCCAUUGAAUCUAAGCUUUCUACCUCAGUAAUCAUAGAAAGGUUGACAACCAAAGCAGUCGACUCCCAAUUCCAAAGCCGGGAUGAAAUUCACAAAGAUAUUGAAAACGAGAGCGAAGAAGUGGGUAAUACGCUGAACCUCUGUGAACUAGUUUUCAAUGACCCCGACGUGUUAAAAGGCAACUUUGAUCUGCGCAAUCUACGCACAGGAGUGGAAAUCGUAGAUAAGAAAUGGAAGAACAUCUGUGAAAUGUCGGAGCAACGCAAGACUGCUCUCAAGGAAAUACGCAAAUCGGCCGAACUAGCGAACUCUUUAUUGCCCAAAGUUGAAAAGAAAUUGGACGCGAUAGAGAAGCGCGUAGAAAAGAUGGAAGCUAGAAAACAACGCGGAGAGAACGAAGACGAAAGCGUAUCGAAGGCUGUUAUCAAAGACUUGGACAGUUUAGAGAGUGAUAUCAAAAAGCUGGAGGACGCGUACGGCCGAAUUAUGUCUGCCAGAGGAAUAGAGCUUCGUGGAAAUGGCGCAGAUGAUGCGGCAAGACUACGAGCGGCCGUGAGACGGUGGCAGCAGCUGAGGGUUAGAGUGGACGCGGCUGGAGCUGAUGCCCACAGACAGUUCGUGGCUGCUCAUGGCAAGGCCGUGGUUGCCUUGGCCGAAGCCGAUGUCAGACUGACGCGAGCCUUACACCUCUCGCCCACACCUACGGAUAAAGAAGCCAUCCUCAAGGAAUUGGAGGGUGUAGAAAGAGAUCUCGAAGAAUGCCAAUCGUACGUCGAGGCAGGCGACAGACUCGCGGCUUCAGUGUUGAGUGUCGCGGGAGUACCAGACAUGGUGGCCGAGUAUCGGGCCCUUUACUCCGACGUGCGCAUGCGCCUCGAUAUUGCGAGGGCCGAGGUCGUUGGAGAUGUCGAUACUGCAGUGCAGGUGGACACCCUCAGAUGGGAAACGGAUGCCGCUCUCCAAGUCGACACAUUAACUUCCAAAGAAACCUAUCGCGUUGAACUAGCCUCCGCCGUCAAAGAGGCCUCGGAGGCAUUAGAAGCUCUAAGAACAGCCCUGGUUCACGAAAUACCAGAAAACGCACCCAGUGAAGACUUGGCCAACGCCGCCAAAGAGAUCGCCAAAGCUGGCACGAAACCCUCACAAACCUUGGAGUUGGCCAAACAUCUAUCGGAACUGCUCCUCACAGAGUGCGACGCGACGGAAGAUGAAGCUAUGCUGCAGGAGGUGGGAUCACUCGCAUUCCGAUACGAAGAUCUGCUCAACCAGGCCAAGAAACGAGAACUCCAAAUCAACAACUUAAGGUUGCCGCACUCCGCGUCCUACGCUCUCACUUGCGAGCAUGAAUCUGGUCGGUUGACGUGUCCCCUCUGCUCUGAUCGGAACUGGAAGCAGUUGGAUAACGAUCUGUGGAGACUCGAGCAGUGGCUCCAGUUCGCUGAAGCCACGCAUGAAGCGAGACAUGAACCUCCAGAACAAUAUGACACCCUCGAAGAUACUAUACAGGACCACCGCGAAUUCCUGCUAGAUCUAGACUCCCACAAGGCCCUCGUAGUGUCCCUCAACGUGGUGGGCACGCACGUGGCUCGUCACGCGCGUGACGUAUCGGCGGCCGAACGCGUCCGUGAAAGACUCGCCGAAGCGAACCGGAGAUGGGACGAAGCAUGCGCAAGAGCAGCAGACUGGCAGACCAAGCUGCAGAGGGCGCUCAUGCACAAUCGGGAGUUCCAUGAUAUCGUGGUAGAAUUGGUGAGCCAACUCGCAAACGCAGAGCGCCUGGUCCGGUCCCGGGAGCCUUUGCGUUUGAGUCGGCCUCCAGACGAGCUGAGGGUGGAGUUCCGAAGGUUCAGCGAACUUCGCGACGAACUGAGUCGAGCUGAACCCAGAGUCCUGGCUUUAAGGGAUGCAGCCCAACUCUUACACGGGAAUGAUGCACAGGAUGUGUGUAGGCGUUUGGGCGAGCUGCGCCUGCGCCUUCAAUCCCUGCGCAAGCUAUCAGCCGUAUACGCUCUGAAAUUGGGCGCAGCCUUGGCUAGGGAGCCCUCCGCUACCGGAUCCGCUCUCGCCGCUGCCGCCGCCACGCUUGCGCCGCAGCUGAUGCAGGAUGAUGAAGAGCCCAGCUUCAGUUUGCCGCCUCUCACCGACAACGACGUUCCAGCGAGCGAUGAAACGGAAGAGCGCUCUCUGUCGGGCGUCCAGCGAGGCUUAAGAUUCGUGUGUCGCGUCGCACGCGCAUCUCUGCCUUUCCAGGCCCUACUCCUCCUCCUCCUAGGGGCGGCCGCUCUGGCCCCUCACACCCAAACAGACUGUCGGGCCACGCCCAGUCUCCAGCCCGUUUUACGGUAUCCCGACGGCCCACCCCCCAUUUAAGCAUUACCUAUAAUCUCGUAAAUUUCCUCCCUCGGGAGUCUCGUACUGAAUUCUCUGAGGCCAAAUCCAGGUCUCUCCCUCUUAAGACUAGAUUUUGUAUAUUUCUCACCGGUCGCCAUUUUGACAAUCGCGUGUGCGCUCAACCCUGCUUUUGCUAAAAACGCGGCGUGUGAGCGCGGAGUGACAUUCCAUGUAUAGGUGCUAGUGCGCCCGCGCAUGUAUAUAAACGUUUUUGUAUAUUUGUAACGUUUGCUUAAAAGACGAGCGCGGGCGUCGACGACGCGCCGAAUCGAACGAAAUAUUUAUAUAAAAAUAUAUUUAAUAUUUAUUAUUUAUAUAAUCUGUAUUUAAAGAUGGCGCCGCACAAAUGAUACGAGGCGACGGCUUAUUCACGCAUUGUUACUUAAAAUAGAUUGUAAGGACUGUUUAUAAAGUCAAUAAAGCCUUGCAUUGAU